AUGGCGGCCAAAGCAGGGGACAACCCAGACAGCCUCAUGGCACUGACCACAGCCUUCUGCCUGAGGAACCUGAGGAGGACCAUGUGCUACCUGGGAGAGAGGAACAACCUUUGCCUGCGCUCAGACGUCUUCCUGCCCAGCGAAAUCUGUGACAAGCUGGUCAACACGUACGUAUAAUUGGGAUUUGUAAUGGGUGCUAAUCCUGAUGUUCAAUUAAGCACUGUCAGACUGGUUUUGCUUGUUGGUUUGCCUAAUUUUUCACAUUAUGUUGCUAUGGUUUUAUGAGGUGUAAAAGAUGCUUUCAUGAUCAAUCACUGUAUUAGCAGCGGCUCAUGAGCAUUGAUUUAUGACUUGCAAAAAAUCACAAUGUAUAAUGUAUGUAAAUGAAUUGUGUCAUAAAUGCCAACCAUAGUUUGAUACUAUAUAUCAAUUUGAUCUUAUAUCUUGAAUAAUUAUUUUUCUGCUGUUUUAUGUAUCCAUCUUCACAGAUACAUGGAGCUGGUCCAUACGGACAGUAACUUUGAGCCGCAGGACGGCUUCUUCCAGCUGUUCUCGGACCCGCACAGCACCAGGCUCACCCGGGUGCAGCUGAGGGAGGACUUUGUGCGUGACAGGGACCUGGAGGCCAUUGGGAAACAGGUGGGACAUUGUGGAGGUAGAUUAGUCUGGUCCCAGUUCUGUUUGUGCUGUAUAGCCCCUAUGGACCAUAGGAGUUGGCUAUACAGUGCGCUAAAAUGCCAUACAGGAAAUACAAAAGCAGAAAAGGCAGCAGGGGUACUCAUGGGAUUUUGAGUGAUGGUGAAUUUAAAAAAUACAUUGAAAUCCCACGAGUGCCCCUGCUGCCUUUUUUGCUUGUGUUUUUCCUGCAUGAAACGGGUGGGGUGGCUGUGUGGAGGGCGUUGGAAUGGUUUCUCCAAGUACCUUAGGCCUAAGCUAACCUCUAUACAAAUAAGCCAUGACAAAACCUUCUUUAUAAUCAGGACCAAAACAACAGCCAGACACACUGAUGCAAAAAAAGUAUAAUUGUGUCCAAUGGCAAAAUUUUACUCAUUAAAAAAAGCACAUACAAUGAGUGAACAAAGCAUUAGGAACAACUGCUCUUUCCAUGACAGACUGACCAGGUGAAUGCAAUGAUCCCUUAUUGAUGUUGCCUGUUAAAUCCACUUCCAUCAGUGUAAGUGAAGUGGAGGAGACAGGUUAAAGAAGGAUUUUUUGGCUUUGUGACAAUUGAGACAUGGUUUGUGUAUUCAUCCAUUCAGAGGGUGAAUGGGCAAGACAAAAUAUUUAAGUGCCUUUGAAUGGGGUAUGGUAGUAGGUACCAGGCACACUGGUUUGAGUGUGUCAAGAACUGCAAUGCUGUUCAAAAGGACAACCAGACAACUUAACACAACUGUGGGAAGCAUUGGAGUCAACAUGGGCCAGCAUCCCUGUGGAACGCUUGUAGAGUCCAUGCUGUUCAGAGAACUAAAGGGGUGCAAGUCAAUAUUAGGAAGGCAUUCCUAAUGCUUUGUACAUUGUGUAUAGUAAGCAAAAUACUAAUGCUAGUAAUUCAACUGUCAUUUAAUAAUAAUAAUAAUUAAUUAGCAAAAAUGCAUUAUUUCAUAACAAAAUGUGGUGCAAAACGACUCACUGUAUAAUAAUUGUUGUACGCAAAGAUUCAAACCAACUGUCCAGUGUUAACACAUUUUAUAUAGUAAUAUACCUUGACAUGAAGGCCUGUCUAUUGUAUGUAAUGGUUGGGGGAGACCUUGGUAAAGGACACCUGUCACCUUGUGUAGGAUAUCCACUGCCAUUGUAUCAUCCAACCCUCCCAAUUGGAGGACGGGGACCAAGUGGUGUCCUGUUUUCACUAAUCACCCUGUAUUCAAAGUUUAGUUUAUUGUCAUGGUGUACAACAUUGGCAGCUAAGAACUGAAUUGCAGUGUACAGUCCAUACCUAAAUAAAUAAACAAAUAAUUAAAUAAACAAAUCAAGUGCUAAAUGUUCUUGUGAGGUAGGGAGCAUCACCGUCAUAGCCAGGGGUAAGCCUUGGGAGCCUCGAUCAGGGUCAUUCUGGUCUGGUCUUGGAGCGAUGAUGACUGUGGUCCAGAGCCGUUAAACAGCGCAGUCUGGUCUCUGUAGCCGGUAGCUAGAAAGCUACUCCUCGACCACCACUGAUCUCGCAGCACCCACCUGGGUCAUGCCCCAGCAGCCAAUGGUGUGCCGAAAGGCUCUCCGCACCUCAGCGGUAGUCUAAAGCAGCCCCGUAGUCUUCCCGAGCAUUUGUGCACAUCUCUGCUGUACUCUUGCUUAGGGCUUCUCCGCUCAAAAAACAUAACACGCUAGCCAGUUAGCUAGCUUGCCAAACCAACCCUCCAUCUGAUCUUACUUGACAGUUUUAUAAUUAAAUACACUGUUAAUAAUACAAAUUAAAAAAUGCAAUCAAAAACAACACAAUAUUACUAAUAUUUAUAGAAUUUACUGUAGCGAUUAUGCAAUGCUGCCUUUACGGUGUCACUCUGUAGGCUAAUUCUGUAGGUUAAUUCCUUGACAUGCAUGCACCAUUUUGUAAAAUGUAUUUAACCUUUUGACAGGGAGGAAAUGUUGAGACCAAGGUCUCUUUUCCAGGUGAGCCCUGUAUAUCACAACAAUACAUAUCAAAAUACCAUGGCAUCAAAUCAGCCUCUAAAGUUCAUUGCACGCGAGAUGGCGCUGUCGAGCAAGAUGAACAACAUUGAGCAAGCAAACACGAAGUCGAGAUCGCAGAGGACAGUUCCUGCGAGCAGAGGAUGAGUGCUGCGAGCGCACAGACCAGUCGAGAGCGCAGGAAUUUGGUCCAGAGAGCAGAGGAUGUGCCCUGCGUGCGGACAUGCCAAACUUGAGAGCUUGCAAGUGUGACUUUGGGUGAGCCGAACAUCAUUGCCGAGAUUCAAAAAGAAAAAUGCCUGAAUCCAAAGAAUAUAAAACCGCAAGCAAAGAAACGUGAAAAUGUUUUUAUUUGAAAGCAUCAAAUUGUCGAACAAUAGUCACGUCUUUGUCAAGUUUUCACUCUCAAUUUCUCAAGUUGCUCUCUCUCAAGUCUUUGUAUAUUUGGGUAUUUUUUCUCGAUUUGGAUUUCAGGUUGGUGGGGGGCGGGCUUAGUGGUGGUGCGUGUCUAGAAUGGUCACUUACACUGGAGUGAUGGGCGAACUAACAAAUGCUUGCCCUUGACCUGUCCAGUGGGUCAUCAAUAGUUACCACAGCCACAAAGUCAGAAGGCCCUCCUACUCGACCAAUCAGAUGAGGGAAUGUGAUGACGCGUAUGCCGGUUUACGGUUCGUAGGAACCGACCAAUCAGAUGAGGGAGUAUCAUGACGCAUAUGCCGACCGACUUGCAGGGGCAGAUGAAAGACAUGCAUUUAUUGUAUCUAUUGCUCCAUCAAUGAUUCAGUUAUUUAUUAGAUAUAGUAAAACCAACCGUUUUAUAAAUGCAAAGUGUUAAUCAGAUGUCUUAUUCAAACUCGGCUUGCAAGCGUAUCAUGUUUGCCCUUAAUCAUAGUUACUUGUCUUAAAUCAAAAUAGGUUUAUUCCAAUAUCUGCAUUGUUUUUAAAAUGGCAACAUGUAGACAAACAAAUUUACAUAUCUUUAGUUAAUUUUUUUAUUUUCUUAAUCCACAAAUAAGUUUCACAGAAAUGUACAUUUUAGAAAAUGGCAGAUGUUUUUGGGCUGAUUUAAGUUACACUACAAGUAUGUGGACACCUACUUGUCGAACAUCUCAUUCCAAAUUCAUUGGCAUUAAUAUGGAGUUGGUCUCCCCUUUGCUGCUAUAACAUCCUCAGCACUUCUGGGAAGGCUUUCCACUAGAUGAUGGAACAUUGCUGCUGGGUCUUGCUUCUAUUCAGCCACAAGAGCAUUAGUGAGGUCGGGCACUGAUGCUGGGCGAUUAGGCCUGGCUCACAGUCGGCGUUCCAAUUCAUCCCAAAGCUGUUCGAUGGGGUUGAGGUCAGGGCUCUGUGCAGGCCAGUCAAGUUCUUCCACACCGAUCUCGACAAACCAUGUAUGUAUGGACCUCGCUUUGUGCACGGGGGCAUUGUCAUGCUGAAACAGGAAAGGGCAUUCCCCAAACUGUUGCCACGAAGUCGGAAGCACAAUAUUGUCUAGAAUGUCAUCGUAUACUCUAGCGUUAAGAUUUCUAAGGGGCCAUGAAAAAGGGCCCCAGACCAUUAUUCCUCCACCACCAAACUUUACAGUUGUCACUAUGUAUUCGGGCAGGUAGCGUUCUCCUGGCAUCUGCCAAACCCAGAAUCCAGAGGCAGUUUGGAACUUGGUAGUGUUACAACCGAGGACAGAUUAUUUGUACGCGCUACGCGCUUCAACACUUGGUGGUCCCAUUCUGUGAGCUUGUGUGGCCUACCCCUUCGUGGCUGAGCCGUUGUUGUUCCUAGACAUUUCAAUUUCACAAUAACAGCACUUACAGUUGACCGGGGCAGAUUUAUGUAGAUUGCAUGGCUGUGUGCUCGAUUUUAUACACAUGUCAGCAACGGGUGUGGCUGAAAUAGCCGAAUCCACUAAUUUGAAGGGGUGUCCACAUACUUUUGUACUGUUUUAAAUGUGCAAAAAAAUAACAAAUGUAUCAUUCAACGUAAGAUUCCACCUAAAAUGACAUGAACUCUGUCCCAAUUAAUCUCAGCUCAACUCCUCACUUCCUACUCGCAUCCUUCUCAAAACCCAUUGGAGGUCUGAGGGGAGGAACCUUGGGUCCUCUCUUCCGAUGGGGUUUUAGGAGGAAGCACGAAAAAAGGCAAGGAAUCGAGGAAAGAUAAAAUGGCACCGAGCUGUUGCAUGUUUGCCUCAAUAUGGAAUGGCAGACCUCACUGUGUGUUAAGGCAGGUUGCCUAUUGAAGAAUGCACUGGGUGAUAUAGGAGCUGAUACAGGUUGCUGGUGUCCCGGUAAUAAGAGGACAAGGAUAGGGAAAGAGACUUUAGGUUCCAGUUUAGAGAGAUUUAGCUCUCAUUUAUUUGUCCCAAACAAUGAUCCAUUUCAUUUCCAUAUGUUUGUGGUUGGAUAUUGGACACACAGAUAAAGGAAAUCAAAGGGAUAAAUGCUGGAGAGUUCUUCCAAGGCAUGGUUUGUUUGACACUGAGCUAAAAGACAAAGGAAACUCUGGUAUUUAUUAAGUGACUUGGUUGCAGGUGCAUUUAGAGCAAAGAGAUGUAUAGUGGUCUCUAGUGCCCAAAAGCCUAUCUUAACAUGGGCAGUGCUGAUACUUUGCGAUCUCUAUACAUAUAUGUGGCUCAGAGGUGCCUGCAGUUAAAGGAAAAGUUAACCAAAAAGUCAAAUUAAAGUGACAGUUCCCUAAAAAGUAUAAGAAAAAUGAGAGCCUUUUCUACAGCCGCCUCCAUAAACGGUCUCUGCUGGUUUUGCUCUUACACCUCAAAGGCUCUAAGCGGCCUGGUUUAAUCCGGGUUGUCCUUGACCUCAGGCAAGGGAAUCAGACGGGUCACUGGUCUGAGGUGGGUAUGAAGUUGUCCCAAAUGUGGUCAGCCAGGACUUGGCUAUGGCGCAUUCGGAAAGUAUUCAGACAUCUUCCCCUUUUCCACAUUUUGUUCCGUUUAAUUCUAAAAUUGAUUAAAUAAAAAAAUGUCAUCAAUCUACACACAAUACCCCAUAAUGACCAAGCAAAAACAGGUUUUUAGAAAUGUUUGCAAAUGUAUUAAAAAUAAAAAACUGAAAUACCUUAUUUACACAAGUAUUCAGACCCUUUGCUAUGAGACUCGAAAUUGAGCUCAGGUGCAUCCUGUGUCUCUUGAUCAUCCUUGAGCUGUUUCUACAACUUGAUUGGACAUGAUUUGGAAAGGCACACACCUGUCUAUAUAAGGUCCCACAGUUGACAGUGCAUGUCUGAGCAAAAACCAAGCCAUGAGGUCGAAGGAAUUGUCCGUAGGCGGUUCUGCCAGGUCUGGAAUUGGGUGGGAUCAGAAAGUUUGGUGCUGGGAGAUACUGUAACAUAGAGGCAGUAGGUUACCUUCUUCAGCUCCUAUGUUGCCUCUUCCAACGUUGGAGUUGACGGCCAGGUUGGGCAUGCUGGCGGCUCAGAGACAGACUGAGAUGGGUUGGUAACCUAACCAGACUGUGAAGGCUGGAGUGGGUAUUGGGUCUGGGCCCCACUGGUAAACAGUGAAAGUUGAGGUGAAAUUUGGGACUGACUUUGCAGGUCUGGCUGAGGUGGGUUCAGCAACAUCCUUUGACAACGCCGGUUAAGGUGGGGCUUGUUUGUAGACCCCACUGGUGGUCAGCGGAUGUGGAGGUUGGUUCGGAAAGUAUUCAGACCCGUUGACUUUUUCCACAUUUUGUUAUGUUACAGCCUUAUUCUAAAAUGGAUUAAAUUGUUAUUUUAGCCCUCAUCAAUCUACACACAAUACCCCAUAAUGACAAAGCAAAAACAGGUUUUUAGAAAAAACUGAUAUGACAUUUACAUAAGUAUUCAGACACUUUACUUUGUUGAAGCACCUUUGGCAGCGAUUACAGCCUCGAGUAAUCUUGGGUAUGACGGUACAAGCUUGGCACAGCUGUAUUUGGGGAGUUUAUCCCAUUAUUCUCUGCAGAUCCUCUCAAGCUCUGUCAGGUUGGAUAAGGAGCGUCGCUGCACAGUUAUUUUUAGGUCUCUCCAGAGAUGUUCGAUCGGGUUCAAGUCCGGGCUCUGUAUUUGUAUUUUGUAUUUAUUAUGGAUCCCCAUUAGCUGCUGCCAAGGUAGAAUUAAGGCAGUUAUACAAUUUUAAAAACAUAACAAUACAUUCAUUACAGAAUUCACAACACACUGAGUGGCUGGACCACUCAAGGACAUUGAGACUUGUCCCGAAGCCACUCCUGCACUGUCUUGGCUGUGUGCUUAGGGUCAUUGUCCUGUUGGAAGGUGAACCUUCACCCCAGUCUGAGGUCCUGAGCGCUCUGAAGCAGGUUUUCAUCAAGGAUCUCUCUGUACUUUGCUCUGUUCAUCUUUCCCUCGAUCCUGACUAGCCUCCUAGUCCCUGCUGCUGAAAAACAUCCCCACAGCAUGAUGCUGCCACCACCAUGCUUCACCGUAGGGAUGGUGCCAGGUUUCCCUCCAGACGUGACGCUUGCAGUCAGGCCAAAGAGUCAAUCUUGGUUUCAUCGAGACCGAGAAUCUGUUUCUCAUGUCUAAAUUCCUUUAGGUGCCUUUGGCAACCGCCAUGCGGCUGUCAAUGUGCCUUUUACUGAAAGUGGCUUCCUUCCUCUGGCACUACCAUAAAGGCCUGAUGUUGAUGCUGCAGAAGAUGGUUGUCCUUUUUUCUGGCAGGUCUCCCAUCUCCACAGAGGCACUCCGGAGCUCUGUCAGAGUGCAUCCUGGUCUAUGGUCGACUCCCUGGACCAGGCCAUUCCCCUCGAUGCUCGUUUGCCGGGCGGCCAAUUCUAGGAGGAAUUGGUGGUUCAAACUUCUUCUUUAAGAAUGAUGGCGCCACUGUGUUCUAGGGACCUUCAAUGCUGCAGAAAUGUUUUGGCACCCUUCCCCAGAUCUGUGCCUCGACACAAUCCUGUCUCGGAGCUCUACGGACAAUUCCUUUCAACCUUAUGGCUUUGUUUUUGGUCUGACAUGCACUGUCAACUGUGGGACCUUAUAUAGACAGAUGUGUGCCUUUCCAAAUCAUGUCCAAUCAAUUGAAUUUUACCACAGGUGGACUUCAAUCAAGUUGUAGAAACAUCUAAAAUCAAAUCAAAUUUGAUUUGUCACAUACACGUGUUUAGGAGAUGUUAUAGCGGGUGUAGCGAAAGGCUUGUGCUUCUAGCUCCGACAGUGCAGUAAUAUCUAACAAGUAAUAUCUAACAAUUUCACAACAUAUACCUAAAACACACAAAACUAGUAAGGAAUGGAAUUUAAGAAAAUAAACAUAUAUGGACAAGCAAUGACAGAGCGGCAUGGACCAAGAUACAGUAGAAUAGAAUGCAAUAUAUACAUAUGAGAUGAGUAGUGCAAGAUAUGUAAACAUUAUUAAAGUAACUGUAAACAUUACUAAAGUGACUAGUGUUCCAUUUCAGAAAGUGGCCAGUGAUUUCAAUAGGCAGCAGCAGCCUCUGAUGUGCUAAUGAUGGCUAUUUAACAGUCUGAUGGCCUUGAGAUAGAAGCUGUUUUUCAUUCUCUCGGUCCCAGCUUUGAUGCACCUGUACUGACCUCGCCUUCUGGAUGAUAGCGGGGCGAACAGGCAGAGGCUCGGGUGGUUGAUGUCCUUGGUGAUCUUUUUGGCCUUCCUGUGACAUCGGGUGCUGUAUGUGUCUUGAAGGGCGGGUAGUUUGCCCCCGAUAAUGCGUUUGGCAGACCGCACCACCCUCUGGAGAGCCCUGCGGUUGCGGGUGGUGCAGUUGCCGUACCAGGUGGUGAUACAGCAUGGACAGGAUGCUCUCAAUUGAACAUCUGUAAAAGUUUGUGAGGGUUUUAGGUGCCAAGCCGAAUUUCUUUAGCCUCCUGAGGUUGAAGAGGCUCUGUUGCGCCUUCUUCACCACAGCAGGCUGCUCCGAGUGCCUCUCCUCCGCCGGCGAUGUUUUGGGUCAGCCGCUGGAAUCAGUUCAGUUGCCCUGGGGAGAGCAAACAAAGGAUCUGCUUCGGGAAAGUAGUAUUCCUGGUCGUAAUGCUGGUGAGUUACUGCAGCUCUGAUAUCCAAUAGUUUUCCCCGGCUGUAUGUAAUGAUACAAAACACUUUCUGAGUUAAUAAUGUAAAAAAUAAUACAUAAAAAAACAAAAUACUGCAAAGUUUCCUUAGAGCUAGUCGCGAGGCCGCCAUCUUCGUCGGCGCCAGGUCUAUGUUCGCCAGGUCAUCUCAAGGAUGAUCAAUGGAAACAGGAUGCACCUGAGCUCAAUUUCGAGUCUCAUAGCAAAGGGUCUGAGUACUUAUGUAAAUAAGGUAUCUCUGUUUUAUUUUUUAUACAUUUGCAAAAAUGACUAAACCUGUUUUUUGCUUUGUCAUUAUGGGGUAUUGUCUGUAGAUUGAGAUUCUUUUAUCCAUUUUAGAAUAAGGCUGUAACGUAACAAAAUGUGGAAAAAGGGAAGAGGUCUGAAUACUUUCCGAAUGCACUGUAGGUGGGAUUUGAGUUUGGACCCUACUGGUCUGUGGAUGAGGAGGUGGUUUCGGUCAUUGUGUAGGAAGAGGCCGAUAAGGUGAUGGUGAAGUGAGACCGUGGUGAUGGUGUGAUCCUGUGAUCCAUCCUGAUCUACAACCUGCAACUCCUCUUCUGACUCCAGAUCUUGAACCGGCAACUCCUCCUGAUCUGGAUCUUGACCCUGUGACUCACCCUUUGACUUUUCCCUGGCAGAGGGGAAUUACAACAGGAGAGGUUGUGGUGUUAUGCCUGCUCCUGUAAGCCUCUCUUCUAGCUGUUGAAGAGGGCCAUGAGCUCUAUGGUGGGGGAGGCUCAACCCUCUGCUGUUGCCCUGGGGCAGGUUCACCGUCAACCUUUUGGGGUGGGGGGUAUUACAAAAAAAACAUUUGAAUUUGGCCUUACUGCUAUUAGCCCAUAUAAAUGCAUUGAAUAACAGAUUCAUACAUGGAAAAACAGAUAGUCCAAAACAAAAUCAAAAUUAUUUUUUUGUUGAAGUUUCUGUCCUAUAUCUGAGAGAUUUAAGAAGUAUCAGGAAACUUUUUGUUGUUGUUGUUGACACAUUUACAUUUACAUUUUAGUCAUUUAGCAGACGCUCUUAUCCAGAGCGACUUACAGGAGCAAUUAGGGUUAAGUGCCUUGCUCAAGGGCACAUCGACAGAUUUUUCACCUAGUCGACUUGGGGAUUAGAACCAGCAACCUUUCGGUUACUGGCACAACGCUCUUAACCACUAAGCCACCUAUUUUUUUAGGCACUGAACUACUUCCAUAUAUACUUUCAGUCAUGUUUUUUUAACUGGUACCUUCAGGCGACGCUUGUGGGCAUCCUAGAGCAAAACGUACGUGUUUGUGAGAUUAUCACCUUUCCAUUGAGGGGUCAUAAUAGUUUGUAGGCCAAACCAUUCAGACGCUCAGUUAUGAGUAAUAAAGUUUUCGGAUUACAUCUCUUAUAUGUAGUCUCGUCACGCAAGGGAAGGCUUAGGAGCGAGCCUAACCGAUUUCAGUAUAGAGACGAUUACCAUACCCGAAUUAUUUAUGAGUUGAUUAAAAAAUUAAUUGGGGGGGGGGUUAAGGAGGACGAUAUUCAUUAUCAUUCAAUUUGGAUGACAACAUUUCCCAGAGGCAUUAAUGCAUACAUUUUAAUAUCAAAAAUCUAAAUCAAAAUAAAUGUGGUUUUGGCUAAAUCAAUCUUAACUACAUAACAUAAUGGCAAUCAUUUUAUUUGAAUGGUAAAUCUCUAGGUAAAUUAAGAUGGCAUAGGCCUACUCACAAUACAGGUGAAUGCAUAUUCAGUAGGAGUGUGUGCAUACACUGAAUUAUUGAGCUUGUUUUGGCUGAUCAGUGGAGUCUAUGGUGCUACAGAUGACAAACAACCUGUUUGCCUAGUAUUUGGGACUUAUUAGCCUACUGAUCAACAACAUUUGCAUAAAGACAUUACUCCAGCAUGUAUUUAUUUGUAUUUAUUAUGGAUCCAAGGCAGCAGCUACUCUUCCUGGGGUCCAUCAAAAAAUUUUAAAACAUAGAAAUUCACAACAGAUUUCAUAACACAUUAAGUGUGUGCCUUCAGGCCAUUACUCUACUACCACAUAUCAACAACACAAAAUCCAUGUGUACGUGUGUAUAGUGUGUAUGUUAUCGUGUGUGUGUGUGUAUGCAUGUGUCUGUGACUAUGUUUGUCUCUUCACAUUCCCCGCUGUCCCAUAAGGUGUGUUCUAUCUGUUUUUUAAAUCUGAUUUUACUGCUUGCAUGAGUUACUUGAUGUGGAAUAGAGUUCCAUGUAGUCAUGGCUCUAUGUAGUACUGUCCGCCUCCCAUAGUUUGUCCUGGACUUGGGGACUGUGAAGAGACCUCUGGUGGCAUGUCUUGUGGGGUAUGCAUGGGUGUCCAAGCUCUGUGCUAGUAGUUUAAACAGACAGCUCGGGGCAUUCAAUCAAUCAAAUGUAUUUAUAGAGCCGUUUUACGUCAGCAGAUGUCACAAAGUGCUAUACAGAAACCCAGCCUAAAACCCCAAACAGCAAUUAAUGCAGAUGUAGAAGCACGGUGGCUAGGAAAAACUCCCAAGAAAGAGGAACCAGGCUCUGAGGGGUGGCCAGUCCUCUUUUGGCUGUGCCGGCUGGAGAUUAUAAGAGUACAUGGCCAUUAAGGCCAGAUUGAUCUUCAAGAUGUUCAAAAGUUCAUAGAUGACCAGCAGGGUCAAAUAAUAAUCAGUGGUUGUAGAGGGUGCAACAGGUCAGUACCUCAGGAGUAAAUGUCAGUUGGCUUUUCAUAGCCGAGCAUUCAGAGGUCGAGACAGCAGGUGCGGUAGAGAGAGAGUCGAAAAUAGCAGGUCCGGGACAAGGUAGCACGUCCGGUGAACAAGUCAGGGUUCCCUAGCCGCAGGCAGAACAGUUGAAACUGGAGCAGCAGCACGGGCAGGUGGACUGGGGACAGCCAGGAGUCGUCAGGCCAGGUAGUCCUGAGGCAUGAUCCUAGGGCUCAGGUCCUCCGGGAGGGGAGAGAGAGAGAUAAUUAAAGGGAGCAUACUUAAAUUCACACAGGACACCAGAUAAGACAGGAGAAUUACACCAGAUAUAACAGACUGACCCUAGCCCCCUGGCACAUAGGCUAUUGCAGCAUAGAUACUUGAGACGGGUGUGUCGGGGGACACUGUGGUCCUGUCCGACGAUACCCCCUGACAAGGCCAACCAGGCAGGAUAUAACCCCACCCACUUUGCCAAAGCAUAGCCCCCACACCACUAGAAGGAUAUCAACAGACCACCAACUUACUACCCUGAGACAAGGCUGAGUAUAGCCCACAAAGAUCUCCUCCACCGCACGAGCUCGAGGGGGCGCAAAACCGGACAGGAAGAUCACGUUAGUGACUCAACCCACUCAAGUGACGCACCCCUCCUAGGGACGGCAUGUAAGAACCCUAAUAAGCCAGUGACUCAGCCCCUGUAAUAGGGUUAGAGGCAGAGAAUCCCAGUGGAGAGAGGGGAGCCGGCCAGGCAGAGACCGCAAGGGCGGUUUGUCGCUCCAGUGCAUUUCCUUCACCUUCGCACCUCUUGGCCAGACUACACUCAAUCAUAGGACCUACUGAAGAGAUGAGUCUUCAGUAAUGACUUAAAGAUCGAGACCGAGUCGGUGUCUCUCAUAUGGAUAGGCAGACCAUUCCAUAAAAAUUGAGCUCUAUAGGAGAAAGCCCUGCCUUCAGCUGUUUGCUUAGACAUUCUAGGGACAAUAAGGAGGCCUUUGUCUCGUGAACGUAGCGCACGUGUAGGUAUGUACGGCAGGACCAAAUCGGAGAGAUAGGUAGGAGCAAGCCCGUGUAAUGCUUUGUAGGUUAGCAGUAAAACCUUGAAAUUAGCCCUAGCCUUAAAAGGAAGCCAAUAUAGAGAGGCUAGCACUGGAGUAAUAUGAUCAAUUUUUUUGGUUCUAGUCAGGAUUCUAGCAGCCGUGUUUAGCACUAACUGAAGUUUUAUUUAGUUCUCUAUCCAUCAUUUUUGGACAAAAAGUUUCUGAUUUUUGCAAUGUUAGGAAGGUGGAAAAAAGCUGUCCUUUAAAUAUUCUUGAUAUGUUCGUCAAAAGAGAGAUCAGGAUCCAGAGUAACGCCGAGAUCCUUCAGUUUUUUUUUAGACGACUGUACAACCAUCAAGAUUAAUUGUCAGAUCCAACAGCAGAUCUCUUUGUUUCUUGGGACCUAGAACUAGCAUCGCUGUUUUGUCAGAGUUUAAAAGUUUACAAAAUUCCGCCAUCCACUUCCAUAUGUCUGAAACACAGGCUUCCAGGGUAGGGCUUCACCAUGUUUCAUUGAAAUGUACAGCUGUGUGUCGUCCGCAUAGCAGUGAAAGUUAACAUUGUGUUUCCGAAUGACAUCACCAAGAGGUAGAAUAUAUAGUGAAAACAAUAGUGGUCCUAAACAGAACCUUGAGGAACACCAAAAUGUACAAUUGAUUUGUCAGAGGACAAACCAUCCACAGAGACAAACUGAUAUCUUUCCGACAAAUAAGAUCUAAACCAGGCAAGAACUUCUCUGUGUAGACCAAUUAGGGUUUCUAAUCUCUCCAAAAGAAUGUGCUGAUCGAUGGUGUCAAUAGCAGCACUAAGGUCUAGGAGCACGAGGACAGAUGCAGAGCCUUGGUCUGACGCCAUUAAAAGGUCAUUUACCACCUUCACGAGUGCAGUCUCAGUGCUAUGAUGGGGUCUAAAACCAGACUGAAGCGUUUUGUAUACAUGAUUUGUCUUCAGGAAGGCAGUGAGUUGCUGCGCAACAGCUUUUUCUAAACUUUUUGAGAGGAAUUGGAGAUUCGAUAUAGGCUGAUUCGUUUUGGUUUGGAUUUUUCAAGAGAGGGUUUAUUAUUGCCACUUUUAGUGAGUUUGGUACACAUCCGGUGGACAGGGAGCCAUUUAUUAUGCUCAACAUAGGAGGUACAAGCACAGGAAGUAGCUCUUUCAGUAGUUUAGUUGGAAAAGGGUCCAGUAUGCAGCUUGAGGGUUUAGAGGCCAUGGCUAUUUUCAUGAAUGUGUCAAGAGAUAUAGGAUUAAAAAACUUGAGUGUCUCCAUUGAUCCUAGGUCCUGGCAGUUCUGUGCAGACUCAGGACAACUGAGCUUUGGAGAAAUAUGCAGAUUCAAAGAGGAGUCUGUAAUUUGCUUUCUAUUGAUCAUGAUCUUUUCAUCAAAGAAGUUAAUGAAUUUAUCACUGCUGAAGUGAAAGCUAUCCUCUCUUGUUGAAUGCUGCGUUUUAGUUAGCUUUGCGACAGCAUCAAAAAGAAAUGUUGGAUUGUUCUUAUUCUCCUCAAUUAGGUUGGAAAAAUAGGAUGAUCGAGCAGCAGUGAGGGCUCUUCGAUAUUGCACAGUACUGUCUUUCCAAGCUAGUCGGAAGAUUUCCAGUGUGGUGGAGCGCCAUUCCGUUCCAAUUUUCUGGAAGCUUGCUUCAGGGCUCGGGUAUUUUCUGUAUACCAGGGAGUACAUUUCUUGUGACAAAUGAUUUUUGUUUUUAGGGGUGCGACUGCAUCUAGGGUAUUACGCAAGGUUACAUUAAAAUUCUCAGUUAGGUGGGUAACCAAUUUUUGUACUCCGACGUCCUUGGGUAGGUGGAAGGAGUCCGGAAGGGCAUCUUGGAAUCUUUGGGUUGUCAGAGAAUUUAUAGCACGGCUUUUGAUGAUCCUUGGUUGGUCUGAGCAGAUUAUUUGUUGCGAUUGCAAACGUAAUAAGAUGGUGGUCCUAUAGUCUAGGAUUAUGAGGAAAAACAUUUAGAUCCACUAUAUUUAUUCCAUGGGACAAAACUAGAUCCAGGGUAUGACUGUGGCAAUGAGUAGGUACGGAGACAUGUUGGACAAAACCCACUGAGUCGAUGAUGGCUCCGAAAGCCUUUUUGAGUGGGUCUGUGGACAUUUUCACGUGAAUAUUAAAGUCACCAUGAAUUUGAAUAUUAUCUGCCAUGACUACAAGGUCCGAUAGGAAUUCAGAGAACUCAGUGAGGAACGCUGUAUACGGCCCAGGAGGCCUGUAAACAGUAGCUAUAUAAAGUUAUUGAGUAGGCUGCAUAGAUUUCAUGACUAGAAGCUCAAAAGACGAAAACUGAGUCUAUUUUUUGGUAAAUUGAAAUUUGCUGUCAAGAAUGUUCACAACACCUCCACCUUUGCGGGAUGCGCGGGGGAUAUGGUCACUAGUUUAACCAGGAGGAGAGGCAUCAUUUAACACAGUAAAUUCAUCAAGCCAAUCACAUCCAGAUUAUGAUCUGUGAUUAGUUCAUUGACUAUGACUGCCUUGGAAGUGAGGGAUCUAACAUUAAGUAACCACAUUUUGAGAUGUGAGAUCACAAUAUCUUUCAAUAAUGACAGGAAUGGAGGAGGUCUUUAUUCCAGUGAGAUUGCGAAGGCGAACACCGCCAUGUUUUGUUUUGCUCAACCUAGAUCGAGGCACAGACGCGGUCUCAAUGGGGAUAGCUGAGCUGACUACACUGACUGCGCUAGUGGCAGACACCACUAAGCUGACAGGCAGGCUAACAGCCUGCUGCCUGGCCUGCACCCUAUCUCAUUGUGGAGCUAGAGUAGUUAGAGCCCUGUCUAUAAGAUGAGAGCACCCCUCCAGCGAGGAUGGAGUCCGUCACUCCUCAGCAGGCCAGGCUUGGUCCUGUUUGUGGGUGAGUCCCAGAAAGAGGGCCAAUUAUCUACACAUUCUAUAUAACUGGGAGGGGUCCAGUGACAAUUACUUGAUGCCGACACAUCUUUCUAGCUGAUUUACACGCUGAAGCUAUGUUGCUCUUGGUGACCUCCGACUGUUUCAUCCUAACAUCUUUGGUGCCGACGUGGAUAACAAUAUCCUUAUACUCUCUACACUCGCCAGUGUUAUCCUUAGCCAGCACCAUCUUCAGAUUAGCUUUUACGUUGGUAACCCUGCCCCCUGGUAAACAGUGUAUGAUCGCUGGAUGAUUAUUGCGGGUAAUGUUACACCACUAGUCAGAUGGUCCAUUGCCGAAAAUGGUGCAUGUUCAAAAUGAUAACCAGCUAACGUUAGCUAGCUACGUUGGCAAUUAGCUCCUAUCUGAUAUCUUAGCACCAUGUUUAUCUAACCAGCUAGCUAGCAUAGUAGCUAAUAUAGCUAGCUAGCUAACACCACAGAUAAAAGGUUUAGUAAUCGUAAUCUUUGCUUGUCACAGACCUGCUUUUUUCAACUCUGUCUCUCUACCGCACCUGCUAUUUCAACCUCUAAAUGCCCGGCUAUGAAAAGCCAAGUGACAUUUACUCCUGAUGUACUGACCUGUUGCAACCUCUACAACUACUGUGACUAUUAUUUGACCGUUCUGGUCAUCUAUGAACGUUUGAACAUCUUGGAGAAAAACCUGGCCUUAAUGGCCAUAUACUGUUAUAAUCUCCACCUGGCACAGCCGGAAGGGGACUGGCCACCCCUCAGAGACUGGUUCCUCUCUAGGUUUCUUCCUGGGUCUCUGCCUUUCUAGGUAGCUUUUCCUAGCCACUGUGCUUCUACAUCACGUUGCUUGCUGUUUGGGGUUUUAGGCUGGGUUUCUGUAGAGCACUUUGUGACAUCUGCUGAUGUAAAAAGGGCUUUAUAAAUAAAUUUGAUUGAUUGAUUGAACAGGUCACAUAGCUAUCUGCUUAGCUAGCUUGCUUAUUGCAUGCAUGUCCAGGCACGUCGACACGAGCCUUAUUAUUAGUGAAUUAACUAAACAAAUAUUUGCAACAGGAGUUCGAUUUAGGUCACUGUGUCAAUUCAUCCAUUUCUCAAUACUGACCCUUUCUGUUGGAGAAUGAGCUAGCUUGCUGCUGCUGAUGAAGAUUUUGUGCAGUACUCGUGGCUCAGGGGGUGAGUGGCGGCUGGCAUAGCAGCUUCUUUGCUAUGUAGAGGGACUAUCGUCAAAGCCGAUCGACUAGAAAAGGCCAAUAAUCGGUCGUUCUCUAUUCCAAAUAUCGCUAACGGUCCCCACAGAGUGAGGAUUCUUAUGCGCGUGAUAGAAUUCGCUCACUGUUCCAAAAUGUGAUUGUUACGUAACAGGACAGUUAACCCGCGCUUCCCUCAAACCAAGGCACGCUGCCUGCUAAUUAUCUAUAGGCUAUGUUUUAACUUGUACAUUUUACAUGAUAUUCUAACAACAGUUUGAAAUGAGGUGCGUUCUGCCUCAUUAAUUCAUAUAGAAGUAGCCCAUUUCAUUAUGGCAGACAACUUAUGUUUGAGGCAUGCUAAUGUAAGGCGAAGAUUAGCUAGAUGAGCCGGACAAACUUCUCUCUUUGAUGAGAGCCCAAUGGCCCAAGCACUCCACCAGUGUUUCCUCAGGUCAAGUAUGCAGACAUUUGCGCAUCUCCAGUCAGAACAGAACCUGCCCAAACUUUUUCCCCCUGGCGCCCGCAUUGCCUUCAUUGUUGUUUUCCUUACUAGUAAUUUCUGUGUGCGUUCGUAUCAAAGUAAGUGCAUUAUUACCGUAAUAGAAUUUCUAUAUAUCGUGUUAUGUCAUUUCUACUGUAGCACACCGUAUUUAUGUAUGGAGCGUAAUGUAUUCUGUGUGUAUUCCUUUAUAACCGCGGACACGUGAGGUACAGCUUUCAUAACCUCUAUGGUGUUAUACUCAAUUGUGCUUAUGUAGUUAAAUUUUUCUAUUAUUUCUGUAAAACAAUGUUAACGCUAAUGGCGUCAAAUAAGUAGCUUGUGUUGUAUCCUGAAGCUGCCCAGGCUGGCCUUAUCAUGACCAUUGCAUUGGCCUGUAUAGUUCUGCCCUGCCCCCUUGUGGCUCCCUUGUGGAGCUCUUCAAUGAUUAUGUUACUUGUAAUAUUGUUUUAUUGCUAUAUCCUGAUAAUGUAUUCUAAUUGCUAAUAAUUCCUCUUCAUUCUGUACUUUCAGAAACCACACACACACAGUAUUGAACAUAACUUGCAUUGGACAUAUUUUGUGCUGAAGAUUGAGGACAGCUUUUGUAUGCUAGCAACAUACUGUUUGGAGUAGGGAGGAUGAGGGAUUAGAGAGGAUGAUGAGGGAGUGGGGAAGUGGAUGAGAUAUUGUCAAUAUAAUUGCGUAAUGGAACUGUAUUUAAUUUAUGUGAACUGUCUGUCCAAUUACAAAAAAGGGGGCUUUGCACUCCAGACUCGGACUCAUCAAAGCCAACAGCAGGGCCAGGAGGGAUGAAAUGGCUGGAAGCCUUCCAGCUACCGCAGACCUACUGUACUUCACCGACUGUUGAUCUGCCUACAUCACCACCAGCAUCUUCAGAGGGACCUGGGACUUCAUCGGUGGGCAAGGGGUCCUCAGAUUAAGGGUUCUCAAUGGCCACAAGCUUGGGGGGCAGCUCCUCACUGUCACUGUCAUAAUCUCCCGAAUUUCUGCAUUUUAGAGUUGUCUCCUUUUGAAAGACCUUGCUAAUGCUACAGCUUAGCCAACUAGCUACAUACAAACAACAACACUGAAUGUCUCUAAGUGAGUGUCGGGUGACAUGAUUGUCUGCUGGUGUGGAGAUUAGGUCUGUCCCCGACAUAUAUUUAUUUUUUUAGAUUUGUCUAAAUUUUACAACAUAUAUUUUUCCAUAUAUAGACGCACUCUAUAUUUGAAUAAAAUCAACUAUAUGUAGGCUACUGAGCUGGUCUGAUUCUUUAAGCACUGCGAUUAACAAUUAAGACACACAAAUUACUAAAGAGGGAGCCAGAGAUCAAUAUAGCCUAACCAGAAGAAAAAUACCUGUUCCUGAACCCCCCACUCUGACAAUGAGAAUGGUAAGACUGUAAUAAUAAUAAAUUAUAUUGAAUGCAUUAACAGAAAUUAACCUAACCAAACUUAGAAAUUAUGGGAAUUAAUGGUAAAUGUACUACUUGUGUGCCACCCCCGCAGGGAUCUUUUAUUUCAGCUCAUGAAACAUGGGAUCAACACUUUACAUGUUGCGUUUACCGAGUCGAUGAGUGUGUAUGGGGACUGGACAUCACUGAGUGCAGAGUAGAGGGGCAAGCACAGACGAACGGUGUAGUCCAUCCCUGCCUCGAAACAAUGGUCUGGGGAGCGCCAAAUAUCUGCGUAGACGGGAGAGAGGGUGGGAUGUCACAAAACACUGCACUAAAUCACACAAGAAAAGUGUGUGGAAAUAAAACACAGGCAUCUAAUAUGUAUAUCCUAAUACAGGGUGUAUACAGACUGAGUAGAGUCAUAUACACAAAACAUAUAUUCUACACUUAACACACUUGCACAUACAGACUCAUUACUCACUCUCUCAUGUGCAACAGACAUACACAGAGAGAGAGACUAGGUGUGUGUUUACCAUAAUCCAGGGUGGAGGAAUAACAUCUGGUUGUCGUCAUCAUGUAUGGUGUUGGCACAGAGGCUGUUGAGAUCACACUGCGUAGCGGUAGUGUUGGUAUCUUCUGGCAAGUUCGCACCCUGCCUCUCCCUCCUCUGCCACUCCCUCCCAGUCAUUCUGGUCUUCCAAGUCCUCCUUCUCUACUAACCCUUAGUUGACUUAGCUAGCUAGCUACAAUGCUCUUGGUUAAACCAAAGAUAAUGGUAACUUUUAUGUGGUUAAAGUUAUGUACUUAGCUUCCGAGCUAGCUGACACUAACCUAGCUUGCCUAAUCAAUAGAAUCUGCUUUAAUAACAGAAGACCAAAUAACUACGUACUUCAAUUUCAAUAUUGAAAUCAUAGUUGAUUCGUUGGUUGGUUAGGUUCUCUACUGAAAAACUAUAAAGCUUACCUUUUUAUCAUCGGCCAUCGUCCCCACUUCACCACCAUCACCUUGCCUUUCACCGUAUAAAUCUGAUAACUAGAUAACACAGCCACAAAGUCCAAAUGUGCUGUAUCGUAAAAAUACGAGAUUUUUUGUUGUUGCUUUUUAGUCUUAAUUUAAGGUUCGGUUUAGGCAUAUAGCAGUUUGGUUAAGUUUCAAAUUAUAUUUUAGGAAGAUCAAUUGUAGAAAUGGGCAGGGUUUAGCCAUAUUUGUACUCGUCCUUCUCGCCAGCUGUGAGUUUGCCAUGGUAAGAUGUGACUGUUCCUUGUGCAAAAACAAUGUCCUAUCCCAGAGCUCGAGUAAAUGACAUUACUAAGCUGCUCCCGAAUGUACUACGCCAGGACAUGGACAUCGAUUCUAUCGUAGUCCGUGUGGGUUUUAAUGACAUUAUGAAGGGCAGCUCUGAACAGUUGAAACAGGAUUUCAAAGAGCUGAUUGACUCUCUGCUAGACACUAAUAAAGACCCAUCAUAUCUGGCCCUGUGCCUGCUCUGAAGCGUGGCAUUGCACACUUUAGCAGGAUUCUUUCUCUUCACAACUGGCUACGUGAUUAUUGCAGCUCGAUGGGUGUAACUUUUGUUGACAAUUUCGAUACCUUUUGGAAACAAAACACAUUUUAUAAGUAGGAUGGGAUCCACCCAAAUCAUUUGAGUUCCUGGAUCCUUUCACAGCAUUAUAAGGCUGCGUUGAAACAACAAUUUAUCAAUGAACCAAGCCUAGCUCAGUUAAUCCCUACCAUUGUGUCGCUGAGUCAUCAUAAUGCUUUAGCAAAUGUACAUUAUACCAGGGGCAUUGGUAGACUCAAUGUAAGCAACCUAAUUUAUGUCCCUCUAACUGCCCUGAAUGCCUCUGCGGAUCCUACAGCUAUUGUAUGCAACAAUCAUGUGUCUAUGAAACAGAUUUAUGUUGUUAGCACUGAGACGAUGUGCCCUAGUAGGAAGUCCGCUGUGUGCAGCUCACCCUGCACUAACAUAAAUAACAUGAGAAUAUCUACUUCUGUUAAGCUUCCCAGUAAAGCAAUGAAAACAAACAAGCAUCCCAGAAAAGUGCUCAAAAUAGCCCACGUUAACAUAUGUAGCUUAAGAAACAAUGUUCAUGAAAUCAGUAUCUUGCUAGUAACAGAUGACAUUCAUAUUCUGCCUCUCUGAAACUCACUUAGACAAUACAUUUGAUGAUACAAUGGUAGCGAUACAAGGUUAUAACAUUUACAGAAAAUACAGAAAUGCCAGUGGUGGAGGUGUUGCUGUUUAUAUUCUGAACAACAUUCCUGUAAAGAUUAGAGAGGAUCUCAUGUUAAAUACUAUUAAGUAAUAUGGCUACAGGUUCAUCUGCCUCACCUAAAGUCAAUUCUUCUGGGAAGCCGCUAUAGACCAAGUGCUAGUAUCUGGAUAACGUGUGAAAUGCUUGAGAAUGUAUGUGAUAUCAACAGAGAGGUAUAUUUUCUGGGUGAUUUUAAAUAUUGACUGGCUUUCAUCAAGCUGCCCACUCAAAAAAAAGCUUCAAACUGUAACCAGUGCGUGCAACCUGGUUCAGGUCAUCAGUCAACCUACCAGGGUAGUUACAAACAGUACAGGAAUGAAAUCAUCAACAUGUAUUGAUCACAUCUUUACUAAUGCUGCAGAAAUGUGCUUGAAAGCAGUAUCCAGAUCCAUCGGAUGUAGUGGUCGCAAUAUAGUAGCGAUAUCUAGGAAAAUCAAUGUUCCAAAGGCUGGGGCCUAAUAUAGUGUAUAAGAGGUCAUACAAUACGCUUUGAAGUGACUCUUAUGUUGCUGAUGUAAAGAAUAUUUGUUGGUCCGUGGUGUGUAAUGAGGAGCAACCAGACGCUGCACUUGACACAUUUAUGACAUUGCUUAUUCCAUUUACUAAUAAGCAUGCACCCAUUAAGAAAAUGACUGCAAAAACUUAAAUCCCUGUGGAUUGAUGAGGAAUUGAAAAAUGGUUGAGCGGGAUGAGGCAAAAUGAAUGGCAACUAAGUCUGGCUGCACAACCGAUUGGCAAACGUACUGCAAAUUGAGAAAUAAUGUGACUAAACUGAAUAAAAAUAAGAAGAAACUACACUAUGAAACAAAGAUAAAUGACAAAGAAUUAUAGUAAAAAGCUUUGGAGAACCUUCAAUGACAUUUUGGGUAAAAAAGGCAAACUCGGCACCAUCAUUCAUUUAAUCAGAUGGCUCAUUCACUACAAAACCGACUGAUAUUGUCAAAUACUUUCUUGAUUUUUUUCAUUGGCAAGAUCAGCAAAUUUAGGCAUGACAUGCCAGCAACAAACACUGACACUACACAUCCAAGUACAGUACCAAUCCAAAGUUUGGACACACCUACUCAUUCCUGGGUUUUUGUUAAUUUUUUACUAUUUUCUACAUUGUAGAAUAAUAGUGAAGACAUCAAAACGAUUAAAUAACACAUAUGGAAUCAUGUAGUAACCAAAAAAUUGUUAAACAAAUCAAAAUAUAUGUUAUAGUGUCUUGAUGACAGCUUUGCACACUCUUGGCAUUCUCUCAACCAGCUUCAUGAGGUAGUCACCUGGAAUGCAUUUCAAUUAACAGGUUGCCUUGUUAAAAGUAAAUUUGUGGAAUUUCUUUCCUUAAUACGUUUGAGCCAAUGAGUUGUGUUGUGACAAGGUAGGGGUGGGUAUACAGAGGAUAGCCCUAUUUGGUAAAAGUACAAGUCCAUAUUAUGGCAAGAACAGCUCAAAUAAGCAAAGAGAAAUGACAGUCCAUCAUUACUUUAAGACAUGAAUGUCAGUCAAUACGGAGCAUUUCAAGAACUUUGAAAGUUUCUUCAAGUGCAGUCGCAAAAACCAUCAAGUGCUGUGAUGAAACUGGCUCUCAUGAGGACCGCCACUGGAAAGGAAGACCCAGAGUUACCUCUGCUGCAGAGGAUAGGUUCAUUAGAGUUACCAGCCUCAGAAAUUGCAGCCCACAUAAAUGCUUCACAGAGUUCAAGUAACAGACACAUCUCAACGUCAACUGUUCAGAGGAGACUGCGUGAAUUAGGCCUUCAUGGGCAAAUUGCUGCAAAGAAACCACUACUAAAGGACACCAAUAAUAAGAUGAGACUUGCUUGGGCCAAGAAACACGAGCAAUGGAAAUUAGACCAGUGGAAAUCUGUCCUUUUGGUCUGAUGAGUUCAAAUGUGAGGUUUUUGGUUCCAACCGCUGUGUCUUUGUGAGACGCAGAGUAAGUGAACGGAUUAUCUCCGCAUGUGUGGUUCCCACCAUGAAGCAUAGAGGAGGAGGUGUGGGGGUGCUUUGCUGGUGAGACUGUCAGUGAUUUAUUUAGAAUUCAAGGCACACUUAACCAGCAUGGGUACCAAUGCAUUCUGCAGCGAUAUGCCAUCCCAUCUGGUUUGCGCUUAGUUGGACUAUAAUUUGUUUUUCAACAGGACAAUGACCCAAAACACACAGGCUGUGUAAGGGCUAUUUGACCAAGAAGGAGAGUGAUGGAUUGCUGCAUCAGAUGACCUGGCCUCCACAAUCACCCGACCUGAACCCAAUUGAGAUGGUUUGGGAUGAGUGGGACCACAGAGUGAAGGAAAAUCAGCCAAGUGCUCAGCAUAUGUGGGAACUCCUUCAAGACUUUUGGAAAAGCAUUCCUCAUGAAGCUGGUUGAGAGAAUGCCAAGAGUGUGCAAAGCUGUCAUCAAGGCAAAGGGUGGCUACUUUGAAGAAUCUUAAAUAUAUUUUGAUUUGUUUAACACUUUUUGGUUACUACAUGAUUCCAUAUGUGUUAUUUCAUAGUUUUGAUGUCUUCAAUAUUAUUCUACAUAGUAGAAAAUAGUAAAAAUAAAGAAAAACCAUUGAAUGAGUAGGUGUGUCCAAACUGUUGACUGGUACUGUAUAUCUGACCAAAUUAUUAAAGACGAAUUCUGUAAAGUGAGUGUGGAAGAGGUGAAAAAAGUAUUAUUAUUAUUAUUAUUAUUAUUAUUGUCUAUCAACAGUGACAAGCCACAGGGGUCUGACAACUUGGAUGGAAAAUUACUGAGGAUAAUAGCGGACGAUAUUGCCACUGCUAUUUGCCAUAUCUCCAAUUUAAUCCUACUAGAACGUGUGUGCCCUCAGGCCUGGAGGGAAGCAAAUUCAUUCCGCUACCUAAGAAUAGUAAAGCCCCCUUUACUGGCUCAAAUAGCUGACCAAUCAGCCUGUUACCAACCCUUAAUAAAGUUUUGAAAAAAAUGGUGUUUGACCAGAUACAAUGCUAUUUUACAGUAAAGAAACUGACAACAGACUUUCAGCACGCUUAUUGGGAAGGACAUUCAACAAGCACAGCACUUACACAAAUGACUGAUGAUUGGCUGAGAAAUUGAUGAUAAAAAGAUUGGGGGUCUGUUUUGUUAGACUUCAGUGCAGCUUUUGACAUUAUCGAUCAUAGUCGGCUGCUGGAAAUACGAAUGUGUUGUGGCUUUACACCCCCUGCUAUAUUGUGGAUACGGAGUUACCUUCCUAACAGAACACAGAGGGUGUUCUUUAAUGGAAGCCUCUCCAACAUUAUCCAGGUAGAAUCAGGAAUUCCCCUGGGCAGCUGUCUAGGCCCCUUAGUUUUUUCAAUCUUUACUAACGACAUGCCACUGACUUUGAGUAAAGCCAGUGUGUCUAUGUGUGCGGAUGACUCAGCACUAUACACGUCAGCUACUACAGCAACUGAAAUUAUUGCAACACUUAACAAAGAGCUGCAAUUAGUUUCAGAAUGGGUGGCAAGGAAUAAGUUAGUCCUAAAUAUUUCUAAAACUAAAAGCAUUGUAUUUGGGGGAAAUCAUUCACUAUACCCUAAACCUCAACUAAAUCUUGUAAUAAAUAAUGUGAAAAUUGAGCAAGUUGAAGUGACUAAACUGCUUGGAGUAACCCUGGAUUGUAAACUGUCAUGGUCAAAACAUAUUGAUACAACAGUAGCUAAGAUGAGGAGAACGGCUGGCCCUUGGAUGUACACAAGAGAGCAAACAUUAAUAAUAUGCAUGUCAAUCUCUCCUGGCUCAAAGUAGAAGAGAGAUGGACUUCAUCACUACUUGUAUUUGUGAGAGGUAUUGACAUGUUGAAAGCACCGAGCUGUCUGUUUAAAUGACUAGCACACAGCUCAGACACCCAUGCAUACCCCACAGAGGUCUCUUCACAGUCCCCAAGUCCAGAACAGACUAUGGGAGGUGCACAGUACUACAUAGAGCCUUGACUACAUGGAACUCUAUUCCACAUCAGGUAACUGAUGCAAGCAGUAGAAUCAGAUUUUAAAAAACAGAUAAAAAUACACCUUAUGGAACAGCUGGGACUGUGAAGCAACACAAACAUAGGCACAGACACAUGCAUACACACACAUGAUAACAUACGCACUAUUCACACGUACACAUGGAUCUUGUGUUGUAGACAUGUGGUAGUGGAGUAUGGGCCUGAGGGCACACAGUUAGUGUGUUGUGAAUUCUGUAAUGAAUGUAUUGUAAUGUUUAAAAAAAUUGUAUAACUGCCUUAAUUCUGCCGGACCCCAGGAAGAGUAGCUGCUCCCUUGGCAGCAGCUAAUGGGGAUCCAUAAUAAAUACAAAUAAUUAUGACUUUGUGUUGUGUUAACUAGUGACAACCAUGUUCAUUGGCUAGAAUGUUCACCUGUAAUGAAAUGAUAGUAAAAGAUUGCAGUUGUGAGAGCAACAAUUUGAGAGCGCAGUAACUUCUGAGUCUUGACAUGUAUCUCUGCAAAACAAAAAUCUGCUCUCAAAUUUAUAUUUUGCGUGCAGCAAUCAUAUUCUGCUAGCUUAAAGUUACACUUGCCACUCAAGUUGAAUUUGCCCGCCCCCGCUGCCUGUGUACUCACGAGACCCAUCCUUUGCUCGCUCGACCACAUUCUCAGUGGAGAUCGAAGGGAUCUCCAGUUAGCCAUCCCUGAGACCGGGUCUGGUAUCUCGUACGUCUAUAAUAUUUAAAAAAAGGGGUAGAUCAACUUUAAUAUUGCAGAUAUUAUUGUAACUUCAAUCAAUAAUUGUCUGCAUCACUUCCAAUCCCCUAUAUAUAUAUAUAUAUAUAUUAUAUAUAUAUAUAUAUAUAUCUAGUAUAUAUAUAUAUAUAUUAUAUUAUUUAUUUAUUUAUUUAUUGGUAGCAAAAAACCAACUACCAGUCAAAAGUUUGGACACGUACUCAUUCAAGGAUUUUUUACUAUUUUUUACAUUGUAGAAUAAUAGUGAAGACAUCAAAAUAUGAAAUAACACAUAUGGAAUCAUGUAGUAACCGAACAAGCUUUAAACAAAUCCAAAACAAUAUUUUUAGCCACCCUUUGUGGCCUUGUAUGACAGCUUGCGACACCUUGGCAUUCUCCUCAACCAGCUUCAUGAUGUAGUCACCUGGAAUGCAUUUCAAUUAACAGGUGUGCCUUCUUAAAAGUCAAUUUGUGGAAUUUCUUUCCUUAAUGCGUUUGAGCCAAUCAGUUGUGUUGCAAGAGGACAAAUACAUUAGAGUGUCUAGUUUGAGAAACAGAUGCCUCACAGGUCCUCAACUGGCAGCUUCAUUAAAUAGUACCCGCAAAACACCAGUCUCAACGUCAACAGUGAAGAGGCGACUCCGGGAUGCUGACCUUCUAGGCAGGGUUGCAAAGAAAAAGCCUUAUCUCAGACUGGCCAAUAAAAAAUAAAAGAUUAAGAUGGGCUGUCUGAGAUAUGGCUUUUUCUUUCUCAGUUCUCAGUUGUGCACCGGGGCCUCCCACUCCUCUUUCUAUUCUGGUUAGAGCCAGUUUGCGCUGUUCUUUGAAGGGAGUAGUACACAGCGUUGUAUGAGAUCUUCAGUUUCUUGGCAAUGUCUCGCAUGGAAUAGCCUUCAUUUCUCAGAACAAGAAUAGACUGACAAGUUUCAGAAGAAAGUUCUUUGUUUCUGGCCAUUUUGAGCUUGUAAUCGAACCCACAAUUGCUGAUGCUCCAGAUACUCAACUAGUCUCAAGAAGGCCAGUUUUAUUGCUUCUUUAAUCAGCACAACAGUUUUCAGCUGUGCUAACAUAAUUGCAAAAGGGUUUUCUAAUGAUCAGUUAGCCUUUUAAAAUGAUAAACUUGGAUUAGCAAACACAACGUGCCAUUGGAACACAGGACUGAUGGUUGCUGAUAAUGGGCCUCUGUACGCCUAUGUAGAUAUUCCAUAAAAAAUCUGCCAUUUCCAGCUACAAUAGCCAUUUACAACAUUAACAAUGUCUACACUGUAUUUCUGAUCAAUUUGAUGUUAUUUUAAUGGACAGAAAAUUUGCUUUUCUUUCAAAAACAAGGACAUUUCUAAGUGACCCCAAACUUUUGAACGGAUGUGUGUGUGUGUAUGUAUGUAUGUAUGUAUGUAUGUAUGUGUGUGUGUGUGUGUGUGUAUAUAUAUAUAUAUAUAUAUAUAUAUAUAUAUAUAUAUAUAUAUCUAUAUAUAUAUAUAUCUAUAUAUCUAUAUAUAUAUAUAUAUAUAUAUAUUCCUUAAAAAAUAUAUCUUUAAAAAAUAUAUAUUUUCCUUUAUUACUUUCUAAUCCUACCUCCCCUCCCCUAAUUGGAGUAAACUAGUGAACAACAGCGCUUAGGCCUCUACUUCCAGCUUAUACAUACUAUAUACAUUAUGGACACAGUCAAUUUUACAAUAGUUAUAUUUUGUUUGUUUUUACUCCUGAACUUCCUCUACCCUCAACCUCUCCAAUAAUUUUCAUGAUGUCCAUCCGGUUUGCUUCUAUAUGCCAUAUCUUUCAAACUGUGCACUUUCACAAAAGUUAUUUAUCUAUAACCUAUAAACGUAUUAUGGACACACAUAUUUUACAUGAGUUGUCUUGUUGUUAUUAGUCCCAACCUUCAGCUCCAUUCAACCCCUCCCAUCUAUCUCUUAACACCGUCCAUAUUGGAUUUCUAUUUGCCAUAUAUUUUUCAACUGUACUGUGAUGUUUCACAAAAGUUUGAAACUUUCUAUUCUCAUUGUUUCUAAGAUUGUAAAUGAAAAGAAUUUUUUUUGCCAAAAAAUAUAUUUAUAUAUUGUCCCUUACUAUACUUUCGUAAUCUAACUCCCUCCUAAAUUAAGUAACGUGAAAGGCUGAGGCUCUUACUCCAGCUUAUACAACUAUAUACAUAUGGGCCAGUCAUUUUACAAUCAGUAUAUUUGUUUGUUUUUCUCCUGACUCCUCACCUCACUCUCCCAUAAUUCAGAUGUCCAUCCGGUUGCUUCUAUAUGCCAAUCUUAAUGUGCACUUCACAAAGUUCAUUAUCAACCUAUACGUAUUGGACACCAUAUGGCACAGGAUGGACACGACAUGAGUGUCUUGUUGUAAUUAGUCCAACCUUAGCUCAUUCAACCCCUGUAUCUCGUAACACCGUCCAUAUUGGAUUUUUUGCCAUAUUUUUGCAACGUACUGGAGUUUAAAAGUUCUGUAAAUUGAAAAGAAACAUUUUUGCUAAAAGUAUUAUUAUAUUAUUGAUCGAUUGACUAUGACUUUUCGUAUAUCUAUAUGUUAACAAUUAAGUAAGGUAUGGCUGAAGUUUAUGCAGCAGUGCUUUAUAAACAACAAUAGGGCCAGCCUACUUUCUGAAUGCAGUGAUGUGUACUGUACCUAUCGCCCAUAAUAAAGCGUAGAGUGCUAUUAUAGACUGCGUUCAAUGGCUUCAAUACAGUGGCAGCUGCAUUCCUAUAGACAAUAUCCCCAUAGUCUAUAACCGGUAUGAAUGUUGACUGCAUGAUUUAGUCUUCUGCUAUUUAAUGAAAGGCAUGACCUAUUUCUAUAAAAUAAGCCCAUUUCAAUUCUUAAUUUCUUGACUAACUCAUCAACAUUAUUUUUGAAAGGAUAGCUUUUUGUUAAUCCAGAUGCCCAGAUAUUUAUUAGCGGGGGACACAAUCAGUGAAGGCAUAAAUCAGAUACAUUUUUAUGUGAUUUGGAGAAUAACAUAUACUUGGAUUUACCGGCAUUAAGUACCAAUUUCAUUCAACAAAGGCUUUCUGCAAAGCAAUGUAGGCAGAUUUGAAGCUCCAAAAGAGCCUGGUCAACAACGGCGGCAAUAGCAUACACAACAGUUUCAUCUGCGUACAGGUGUAUGUAAAAACAGAAAAGGUGUGCAGAUAGACCAAUAGUGUUUAUAUAAACAUACAAAUGUACAGGACCUAAAAUCGGUCCCUUUCGGACACCUGACUUAACACCACCACAAAAACGCAUUGUGUCCUGUCUGUCAAGAUUUUCUGAUCCAUACUGAUUGCAGACAAUCUUUGAAUCAAUAGAGUGGUCAACAGUAUCAAAAGCUUUUGAUAAGUCAAUGAACAGGGCAGCACAGGGCUAACGCCUAUCCUUACUCUUUACCACAUCAUUUAACACCGAGGUUGGAACAAAGAUGGUGCUAUGACCCGGCCUGAAACCAGACUGGUGAACACUUACAACACGUCUCGUAGCUAGGAAGGAUCUAAGCUGACAAUUGAUUAAUGAUUCAAAAUAUGUUGCUAGGCAGGUAGGGCGAUAAUUAUUUAGGUCGGAGGGGUCACCACCUUUGUGGAGAGGGAGGACAUGGGACGCCUUUCAAACCCUGGGGAUAGUACCCGAGGUAAUCGCCAGAUAAAAAAAUAUGCCAAUGACUCUGCAAUCAGGGGAGUAGAAAGCUGCAGCAAGAAAGGAUCAAGCAAAUCAGCCCAGUGGAUUAUUUUUUUUUACCUCAAUCUUAAGCAAGGCAUCUAGCACAUCACAAGUAGAAAGUUGUUGAAAUGAAAACAAAGUUUCGCUAGAAGUUGACUGAUCUUCCAACAAGCCAACUGGAAGCUGGGAGAGGGAAGAGCAGUCGACUGACUGACCAGGGUCAAUUAAACCACCAUUUCUUUCAAAUAAAAAGCCUGCAGAGAUAAAAUGCUGACUUAAAGCAUCACCCAUCUCAUUUUUCUCGAUAAAGAUGCCAGAGUCUGACCCAACUUGCUUAGUCAGGAAAGGAGAGGAAUUUCCACGCUUCAGUGCAUUAACUGUUUUCCCAAAUUUAGACGGAUCACUUUCUUAAUUGAGCAAGUACAUCCAUUUCUCAAUUGCCUGAAACAUUGCAGCAGGGGGUUGGGAAAUCCCCGCUACAAACAAAUGCGUAUAACCUAGAACCAAACACUCAAACAUUUGAGGGAUAGUGACACUUAUAGAUCAUGAUGCCAUGAGUCGGUUUCACACAUACAGCCACCCCUGCCUCCAUUUCAAUCUAUCACACCAAAAUAUGUUGAAAUCAGCUAUUUCAAUGUCCUUAUCCAUGAUCGAACCCUUGAGCCAGGUCUCUGUGAGAACCAGAAUAUCAGGGCUCAUAUCAUGCACCCAGACAACAAGAAGGUCCAUCUUUGACAUCAGGCUUCGCACGUUUACGUGCAACAGCCCAAGCCCUCUACGGGAUUUGAAAACCGAGGGAGGCUCCAUAUUUGUGGAAUUCACAAUAGAGCUAAUAGCACUUGUUGAGAACCACUAGCUGCUGGGUCGACAGAGGUAUUCCUGGAUUGACAGACAUUCAGGGGAGUUACAGAAACAUAAAGUAGGGUACUUUGCUGCACUUCUAUGGGACAUAACAUGCUUUCCAAGUCCUCUGUUGCUAAUUAUGACAUGGAGGACUGGAGCACUAACAGACCCGGACCAUCAGUCUCUAAAACAAUGUUGCUGGAAUUCAUCCUGGAACCCCUUCAGUUAGGGUGAAUCCUGUCUCUUUUUCCCACUCUUGUCUUUAUUAGGAAGUUCAGCUACAGGUGUUAACAGGCUAAUGUAGUAGUGUUUCCACUGCUGUUGACAUUAACACAACUAUGAGGGGAUGAGCAGGGGCAAGGCUGGAAGGUCUCGGUUCACAAACCCCUUUUGUUAGUUCACCUGGUACUGUAAGGCUAGACUUGAUCAUUGAUACCAAAGGAUUUAGUCUUGUACAGUACACCCCACCAGCGGAAGGGAAAUGCAUAACAUAACGCAACUCAAAAGGGUCAUAUGUAAGCCCAUUUUCAAAUUGCCCCCAUAUAUUUAAACCAAUAAAAUUGCCCCCAUAUAAUUAAACCAAUCAAAUUGCCCCUGUAUAAUUAAACCAAUCUGGGCCUUUCAGAUCUUCGAGAGGGAUCAAGUGGGGUUAGGCCAUAUAUAAGAGCCAUAUAUAGGCUAUUCACUCACAACCAUUUUAAAAAGGUACACACACACACACUGCCUAGGUUAAAAGCUGUGUGUCACUCUCUCACUCGCACACGCUAACACUCACAGGUACUCAUAAAAGGUAAAUUGGCCCUUCACCAGUGUUGAAGCUGUGUGAAGGUAUGAUGCAGUUAUAAUGUAUUAUAAGACUUGUCAUGAGCAUGCAUGACCUCCCUUAUCUUAUUAUUAUCUCAUAUUAAUGAUCCUGACUACACAGUCAUUUUGAAUCAGUUGACAUUUUGAUACAUAAGCAUAAUAUAUUAUACACCUUAUAAUAAAGCAUUAUGAAGGCACGUAAAUACUUAUAAGUUACAGUGCAUUCGGAAAGUGUUCAGACCCCUUUACUUUUUCCACAUUUUGUUACGUUACAGCAUUAUUCUAAAAUUGAUUAAAUAGUUUUUUUCCCCCUCAUCAAUCUACACACAAUACUCCAUAAUGACAAAGCCAAAACAGGUUUUUAGAAAUGUUUGCAAAAAUAAAAACGGAAAUAUCAUAUUUACAUAAAUAUUCGAUCCUGACUAGUCUCCCAGUCCCUGCCGCUCAAAAACAUCCCCACAGCAUGAUUCUGCCACCACCAUGCUUCACCGUAGGGAUGGUGCCAGGUUUCCUCCAGACGUGACGCUUGGCAUUCAGGGCAAAUAGAUCAAUCUUGGUUUCAUCAGACCAGAGAAUCUUGUUUCUUGUGUUCUGAGAGUCCUUUAGGUGCCUUUUGGCAAACUCCCAGUGAGCUGUCAUGUGCCUUUUACUGAGGAGUGGCUUCCGUCUGGCCACUCUACCAUAAAGGCCUGAUUGGUGGAAUGCUGCAGAGAUGGUUGUCCUUCUGGAAGGUUCUCCCAUCUCCACAGAGGAACUCUGGAGGUCUGUCAGAGUGACCAUCGGGUUCUCACCUCCCUGACCAAGGCCCUUCUCUCCUGAUUUCUCAGUUUGGCCGGGCGGCCAGCUCUAGGAAGAGUCUUGGUGGUUCCAAACUUCUUCCAUUUAAGAAUGAUGGAGGCCACUGUGUUCUUGGGGACUUUCAGUGCUACAGACAUUUUUUGGUACCCUUCCCCAGAUCUGUGCCUCGACACAAUCCUGUCUUUGAGCUCUACGCGCAAUUCCUUCGACCUCAUGGUGUGGUUUUUGCUCUGACAUGCACUGUCAACUGUGGGACCUUUUAUAUAGACAGGUGUGUGCCUUUCCAAAUCAUGUCCAGUCAAUUGAAUUUACCACAGGUGGACUCCAAUCAAGUUGUAGAAACAUCUCAAGGAUGAUCAAUGGAAAUUGGAUGCACCUGAGCUCAAUUUCGUGUCUCAUAGUAAAGGGUCUGUUUUUGCUUUGUCAUUAUGGAUGGGGUAUUGUGUGUAGAUUUUAGAAUAAGGCUGUAAUGUAACAAAAUGUGGAAAAAGUCAAGUGGUCUGAAUACUUUCCGAAUGCACCGUAUAAAGCAUUAUACCUGCAGGCUUUAGGUAAAAUGUUACCAAACAUAUUCAUGUUGCCUUUCUACAUGACCAAUUCAGGAAACAUAGUCUAAACAACGUUUGUUUUGAACUAUCACUGCCACUCUUCGCCCCAACCAGGACUUGAUAGAGCUCCACCUCACCUACUGCAACAACCUAUCAGCGCACACCCUCAGGACUUUAACCAGAUUCCGCCAGACCCUGGUCUCCCUCAGCCUGUUCGGCUGCAGCCGCAUCUUCUAUCGCAAGGGUGGCGCCCCACUGGCAUGCGACGAGGAAGAGCGGCCGGCCUCCAGACAGGCACCGGACACAGACUUCAGCUUCCAGGGCUUCAACCGGCUGCGGCUGCUCAACCUCGGGGGUCUCCCCGAGGAGGUGGACGCCGAGGCUCUGCUCAAGCCCCUGCCGGCCCUCACCUCCCUAGACCUGUCCGGGGUGCCGCUGCCCAAGGCUGCCUUCCUGGCCCAGUGGAAGGGGAGGCUGGCCUCGCUAGUGCUCUACAACGUGGACCUCUCAGAGGAGCUCAUCAACACGGUGGUGGAGCUGGGACACCUCAGGUGAGCUGGCAGGGGUGUGGGGAAGGGUUUAAUCUUGAUAACUGCCUCAAAACUGUUUCUUUUUCGGGCACCUUGGUUCUGGAAUAACCAUCAGAAUUUGCUUGAUUUAGAGAGUUCAAGUUGAGAAGUUGAGAGUUCAAGAUAUGCUGCAGGAUACUGUGUGUGUCGUUGUUUGUUUUAAAUCCUAGAUCAUGGCUUGGUGAUAAUUAUAGAUGUACGGUUUUGAGCAAUAAUGAAUCGUCAAGAACUGUUCAUCUUGAUGAUGAAUUUAUUAUCUUGAACUCUCAGCUUCUCAAAUUGAAUUCUCAAAAUCAAGCAAACAUCACGCUUUGUGCAGUAGACUUUCUUCUUUCUAUGUUCACCAGGCACCUGGAUAUCUCCCGAGAGCGCAGCUCUAAGUUCAAGAUGACCCGUAAGAUCCUGACGGCCAUUGUGCAGGGCCUAGUCAACCUGGUGUCGCUGGACAUCUCGGGUCACAUCAUGCUGGACAACUGCACAGUCCCACACUUCGAGGAGGCCAUGGGACGUCCAAGGUGAGCUGCUUCUAUGACAUAAGCUUAUAGAUGACUCGCAAAGCAUCUAUAUAGUGCUCUAUGUUCAUGUGGAUUUCAGCAUCAUCCUUUGUCAUGUAAAUAGUAGGACUGGUUGAUGUAAUCUCUCUCUUUCUAAAAAUAAGUGUACGUUUUCCAUGUUAUGGAAGUAUGCCGGACUCAUGUCUUCUUUCUCUCUUUUAGUAUCGAGCCCUGCAAGAGCAGCAUCUACCCUUUCCAGGAGCUAAAGAGGCCUCUGCAGUUUCUGGGGCUCUACAACACCACCCUUUGUAAUGUGACGCAUAUUCCUGCGUACAAGGUAAAGUUAGACCAGUGUUCUCCAACUCAGGUCCUGGAGUACUUCUGGGUGUGCAGGUUUUUGCUCCAGCCCAUUACUAACACCCCUAAUUCAAAUAUUUUUCUAAUCAAGGUCUUCGUUCAGGGCCAUGAUUAGCCAAAUUAGCCGUGUUACUACAGGGCUGGAACAAAUGUUAGAGGGUUGGACCAAAAACCUGGCUACACCAGGGUGGUAUUCAUUCGGCAUCAAACGGAAGACAACUGACUGAAACAGGAAGCGACUACCUAAGAUUGCCCAAUAAGAAACAUUUGUUUUCGCUUUCCAUUGCAAAACAUUUUGCUACGGUGUGCGCUAAUGAAUAUCACCCUGGUGUAUAUGUAUGUUUGUAUGAUCACAGGAGGCUGUUGAGGGGAGGACGGCUCAUAAUAAUGGCUGGAAUGGAAUGGUAAAAUAUGGAAACCAUGUAUGUAUGUAUGUAUGUAUGUACACUCGCCUCCGUAUGUAUUUGGAUAGUGAAGCUAAACUUUCAAAUUUGGCCCUAUAGAGUACCACAGAAUGAGUCAUAAUACCCAUAAAACCUAGCAGUCAAACAGGAAAAUGGUUCCAAUUGUUUUUCACCAUUCAUUUUUCCAAUAAGGGAUUGUAGAAACACUUAAAAUAAGGGCUGUGUUUCGUGUAGGUGUGACGUUUUGAUAACUGUGUAAAUCGUUCUAGGACAAGGUGACUUUUAGCAAUAUAUUCACCUGUAUUUACCCCCCAAAAUUGAAAUGCUAAUUAGCUGCUAAUGUGGCUAUCAUAAAGAACUACAAAUGCCAUAAUGAUAUGGACGAGACUGCCGAAUCGAGGCAAAGGUAAGAAUCUCUGGAUUAACUAUCUAAUGUUAGCUAAAUGUAGUAAUGAAUAAAUUGGCUACAUUUCUUUAAAUUGACAAUUCUGUGAACUGUCUUGUGCAAGUUUUAAAUUGACACAAUACCUGUUAGCAAAGGUGUCAGCUAGAGAUGAUGUGCAGGAGCUUGCAGGGAUUUGUAGUUUUGCAUGAUGUCUACUUUGAUGCUAAUUAGCAUUUUCGAAUCUAAGAGUAAAUAGAGCCGAAUAUAUUGAUAAAAGUCACCUUGUCCGAGAGAGAUUUACAUGGUUAUCAAAAUGUCAAGCCAGGGUAAGACUACACGAAACACAGCCCUUAUUUUAAGUGUUUCUGAAAUAGGUAUAGUAAAUAGGUCUAUGGAGCAGGCAGCUACACUGUCAAACUAGAAAGUCUCAAAACACAAUGAUUGUGUAAUGUACAGAAUAUCACCUUUUAUUUGAGGGUGUUUUCAUAUACACUAUAUACAAAAGUAUGUGGACACCCCUUCAUAUUAGAGGAUUCGGCUAAUUUAGCUACACACGUUGCUGACAGGUGUAUAAAAUCGAGCACACCGCCAUGCAAUCUCCAUAGACAAACAUUGGCAGUAGAAGGGCCUUACUGAAGAGCUCAGUGACUUUCAACGUGGCACCGUCAUAAGAUGCCACCUUACCAACAAGUUAGUUCGUCAAAUUUCUGCCCUACUAGAGCUGCCCCGGUCAACUGUAAGUGCUGUUAUUGUGAAGUGGAACGUCUAGGAGCAACAACAGCUCAGCCACGAAGUGGUAGGCCACACAAGCUCACAGAACGGAAUCGGCGAGUGCUGAAACGCAUAGCGCAUAAAAAUCGUCUGUCCUCGGUUGCAACACUCACUACCGAGUUCCAAACUGCCUCUGGAAGCAAAGUCAGCACCAGAACUGUUAGUUAGGAGCGUCAUGAAAUGGGUUUCCAUGGCCAAGCAACCGCACACAAGCCUAUGAUCACUGUGCACAAUGCCAAUGCACAAAGCGAGGUUCAUACAGAAAUGGUUUGUCGAGAUCGGUGUGGAGAACUUGACUGGCCUGCACAGAGCCCUGACCUCAACCCCAUCGAACACCUUUGGGAUGAAUUGGAACGCCCACUGCGAGCCAGGCCUAAUCGCCCAACAUCAGUGCCCGACCUCACUAAUGCUCUUGUGGAUGAAUGGAAACAAGUCCCUGCAGCAAUGUUUGAACAUCUAGUGGACAGCCUUCCCAGAAGAGUGGAGGCUGUUAUAGCAGCAAAGGGGGGACCAACUCCAUAUUAAUGCCCAUGAUUUUGGAAUGAGAUGUUCGAUGAGCAGAUGUCCACAUACAUUUGGUCAUGUAGUGUAUUUAGCAGAUGUUAUUGCUGGUGUAGCAAAAUCAACAGUAACUCUUGAACUGUUCAAGCUAGAGACACCAAACCAACUUUCUCAUGUUCAGGCUAUCAUAACUUCAAAUUCUUAAACUUGUAUCAACUAUAACUAUAUAAAUUUGCAUAAAAUAACCCACCAACAGUAAGUCUGGAACCGUUCAAGCUAUGGCACCAAACAAACUUUCACAUGUUCAGGCUAUCCUAUCAAUCAAUCGAUCCCUCACAAGCUAGCAUGCACACCACAUUUUCUUCAGGAAAAAUACUUAUAGUUUUAACCAUGUUUAUAUUUUGGGUUCUGAUGGGGUAGGACAGUUGAACUAAGCUCAUGAGGCAUGCAUAAGUUAUAUUCUUCAAGAACCAAUCGGUGUAUAUCAAAUUUUCAGUCCAAAAAAUGGAUGUAGCAUUUGCUGAUUGCCCCUUUUAAUACAUCAUCUGUCUAUCAUGUCUGUGUUCAGGUCACAGGCUCUAAGAAUGAAGACCAGGUCCUGAAUGCCAUAGAGGCCUACACAGAGUUCCGCCCGGAGCUGGCCCACCGAGCCAUUAACCAGCUGUUUGAUAUCGCCAGGAUACAGCACUGCAGCGAGCUACUUCGGGCACUGCAGGUUAGGGACCUUUUUGGUUUAAAUUAAAGUAGGGUGUCUCAGCAUUUCUCAUCAAAGAAAUGCUUCUUUAAUGCUUUAGAAAGCGUAAGAGCCUGGACAUUUGUUUACUUAUCACACCUCUGUGGUCUUCUGCUUUAUAAAUGAAAGUUGCGCACUCUUUUAUUAUUUUGCAGUGAACUACAAAGAAGAAUGGAGUGUGUGGCUUUCUUUUCUCUUUUCUCAGCACCUUAAGGGAUUGCGUUCUUUAUUCCAAUAACCCCCCCCGUGCUAUAACCCUUCUGUCUUGUCAUGAUCAACCAGCUGGUGAUCGCUGCACUGAAGUGCCACAAGUACGACAAGAGCAUUCAGGUGACGGGCAGCGCGGCCCUCUUCUACCUAACCAACACAGAGUACCGCAGCGACCAGAGUGUGCGGCUGCGCCGGCAGGUCAUCCAGGUGGUGCUCAACGGCAUGGAGCAGUACCAGGAGGUCACGGUAAGGUCACAGGGAGGGGUCCGGACCUGGGUUCAAAUACAUGUGUAUUUGAGUAUCUGUUAUUUUAAAUGCUUUUUCUGUGUAUUUGAGUAUUAUUUUUUUUAUACACAGCCCAAACAAGUACUUUUAUUUGAGUAUUUGAAUGGUUAUUUGUAAAAACCAAAUAAUCUGCCAAAUUGUAUCUGACAAAACCUGUUAUUCUCUUUUUUUUUUACAUGGUCAAAUAACUCAAGCAGAGAUUAAAAAUAAAUAAUAGUAAUUGGAAAAGAAACUAGAGGCCAUGAGUAACUUCGUCAAAAAGAAUGGCACUGAUUGGCCUAUAGGUGGCGCGGUUAUAAGCAGUCUCACUUAAACCCUCAUAUCCAUCACCUGUUUGACCUAGACACUUGAAACUUCGUAUGUAGGUGUCUUUCAUCAUGCUGAACAAAUUAAAUGUACCUCUGGUAUAUCUCUUAACUUAUGAACCAUAGGGCCAAAAGACACCACAUUUGGAAUGUACAGUGUAUUCAGACCCCUUGACUUUUUCCAGAUUGUGUUAUGUUACAGCCUUAUUCUAAAAUGUAUUAAAUUGUUUAUUUUCCUCAUCAAUCUACUAACAAUACCCCAUAAUGACAAAGCAAAAACAGGUUUUUAGAAUUUAAAAAAGAAAACAGAGUUCUUUGUUGAAGCACCUUUGGCAGCGAUUACAGCAAUGAGUCUACUUGGGUAUGCCGCUACAAGCUUGGCACACCUGUAUUUGGGGAGUUUCUCCCAUUCUUCUCUGCAGAUCCUCUCAUGCUCUGUCAGGUUGGAUGGGGAUCGAUGCUGCACAGCUAUUUUCAGGUCUCUCCAGAGAUGUUAGAUCGGGUUCAAGUCUGGGCUCUGGCUGGGCCACUCAAGGACAUUCAGAGACUUGUCCCUUGUCUUGGCUGUGUGCUUCGGGUUGUUGUCCUGUUGGAAGGUGAACCUUUAACCCAGUCUGAGGUCCUGAGCGCUCUGGAGCAGCUUUUCUUCAAGGAUCUCUCUGUACUUUGCUCCAUUCAUCUUUGCCUCGAUCCUGACUAGUCUGCAAGUCCCUGCCACUGAAAAACAUCCCCACAGCAUGAUAUUGCCACCACCAUGCUUCACCGUAGGGAUGGUGCCAGGUUUCCUCCAGAUGUGACGCUUGGCAUUCAGGCCAAAGAGUUCAAUCUUGGUUUCAUCAGACCAGAGAAUCUUGUUUCUCAUGGUCUGAGAGUCCUUUAGGUGCCUUUUGGCAAACUCCCAGCGAGCUGUCAUGUGCCUUUUACUGAGGAGUGGCUACCGUCUGGCCACUCUACCGUAAAGUCCUGAUUGGUGGAAUGCUGCAGAGAUGGUUGUCCUUCUGGAUGGUUUUCCCAUCUCCACAGAGGAACUCUGGAGCUCUGUCAGAGUGACCAUCAGGUUCUUGGUCACCUCCCUGACCAAGGCCCUUCUCCCCCGACUGCUCAGUUCGGCCGGGCGGCCAUCUCUAGGAAGAAUCUUGGUGGUUCCAAACUUCUUCCAUUUAAGAAUGAUGGAGGCCACUGUGUUCUUGGGGACCUUAAAUGCGUCAGACAUUUUUUGUUACUCUUCCCCAGAUCUGUGCCUCGACACAAUCCUGUCUCUGAGCUCUACGCGCAAUUCCUUGCACUGUCAAUUGUGGGACCUUAUAUAGACAGGUGUGCGCCUUUCCAAAUCAUGUACAAUCAAUUGAAUUUACCACAGGUGGACUCCAAUCAAGUUGUAGAAACAUCUCAAGGAUGAUCAAUGGAAACAGGAUGUACCUGAGCUCAAUUUCGAGUCUCAUAGCAAAGGGGCUGAAUACUUAUGUAAAUAAGGUGUUUAAUGCAUUUGCAAAAAUGUCUAAAAACCUGUUUUCGCUUUGUCGUUAUGAGGUAUUGUGUGUAGAUUGCUGAGGACAUUUUUUUAUUUAAUCAAUUUUAGAAUAAGGCUGUAACAUAACAAAAUGUGGAAAAAGUCAAGAGGUCUGAAUAGUUUCCGAAGGCACUGUAUACAUUCUACAGACCCUACUGAGUUUUCCCUACAAUACUUUUACUUCUGCACCCAGAAUUGUUCUUGCUCUAAGCCAUAUACAGUGAUUCGCUUCGGGGACAUUUAUUUGACCUUGGAACGUGUUUUAAAACCCACAUUUAAUGAAAAUGUCACUUAAAUAUGAACAAAUAUGAAUCAUUGUUAAUUUUUUGACAAUUUUUCAUUUCAUGAAUGGUUGACACUUUCUACUAUUACGUGGGUGACUUUUAUUUGAAACAUUUCCAUAAUUCCAUGACCCAGAAGUUAUUUUUUAGUGUUGCUGACGAGACUCUGAUCAUGUGACGAGUUCGCAAAUCAGCGAAAAACAAGUAAGUUAACCUUUAUUUAUUGUAAUUUCAAUUAGUUUGUAGUAGUUGAGUUAGAUUACAUACUGUAGCUUCCCCAAUCGUUAUUUCAAAUAAUUUCGGUGACUUUACAGCAAUUGCUAGCUAGCUAGUAGGCUCAGCUAAAUACAAAUCCCCCUAGAUACAGCUAUGUCUCAUAGUCACGUCAUGAGAUUUGUAAAUGAAAGAGGAAUGUAAUAAUACCUUGAAUGCUUUUUCCCAUUUAGAGUUUCUGGCUCAGCACAUAAAUGCCCUUAUCCAGAUGUUGUUACAAAGGCAUUUCCUAACAGACCUGCUAACUUUCUUUGUUGUUACUUUAAGGUUUGAACCAACAUGCAAUACCUCCAGCCGGAAGAGAGGCAAGAACCAUUCAUCCGCCAGCUCAGAGACAAGCUACGCUAUUUACAGUCCUGUGUAAUGUUCAAUGUAAUUGCAUUGCUGGACUUUUUUAAACUUCAUGUAUUUGUAUUGUUAAACCAUUUUACAAAUAAAAGGAAAUGUAUGGUUUAAACAUGUCUUUAGUGUUUAUUUGUUUUAGCUGUUAGUGAUAGUUCCCUAAAUGUGAAUACAUUUGUGUUUACAUCAUUAAGCCUUUAUGUAGGUGCUAUGAAUGACCAAAAUGUCCUUGUUUUUUUUGUCCAUUAAAAUAACAUCAAAUUGAUCAGACAUACAGUGUAGACAUUGUUAAUGUUGGAAAUGGCUAUUGUAGCUGGAAAUGGCUGAUUUGUAAUGGAAUAUCUACAUAGGUGUACAGAGGCCCAUUAUCAGCAACAAUCAGUCCUGUGUUCCAAUGGCACGUUGUGUUUGCUAAUCGAAGUUUAUCAUUUUAAAAGGUUAAUUGAUCAUUAGAAAAUCAUUUUGCAAUUAUGUUAGCACAGCUGAAAACUGUUGUGCUGAUUUAAAGAAUCAAUCAAAUUGGCCUUCUUGAGACUAGUUGAGUAUCUGGAGCAUCAGCAAUUGUGGGUUCGAUUACAGGCUCAAAAUGGCCAGAAACAAAUAACUUUCUUCUGAAACUCGUCAGUCUAUUCUUGUUCUGAGAAAUGAAGGCUAUUCUAUGCGAGAAAUUGCCAAGAAACAGAAGUAUUUGACAACGCUGUGUAGUACUCCCUUCACAGAACAGCGCAAACUGGCUCUAACCAGAAUAGAAAGAGGAGUGGGAGGCCCCGGUGCACAACUGAGCAAGAGGACAAAUACAUUAGAUUCUAGUUUGAGAAACAGACGCCUCACAGGUCCUCAACUGGCAGCUUCAUUAAAUAGUACCCGCAAAACACCAGUCUCAACGUCAACAGUGAAGAGGUGACUCCAGGAUGCUGACCUUCUAGGCAGAGUUGCAAAGAAAAAGCCAUGUCUCAGACUGGCCAAUAAAAAUAAAAUAUUAAGAUGGGCAAAAGAACACAGACACUGGACAGAGGAAGAUUGUAAAAAAGUAUUAUGGACAGACGAAUCGAAGUUUGAGGUGUUCGGAUCACAAAGAAUAACAUUUGUGAGACGCAGACCAAAUGAAAAGAUGCUGGAGGAUUGCUUGAUGCCAUCUGUCAUGCAUGGUGGAGGCAAUGUGAUGGUCUGGGGGUGCUUUGGUGGUGGUAAAGUGGGAGAUUUGUACAGGGUGAAAGGGAUCUUGAAGAAGGAAGGCUAUCACUCCAUUUUGCAAACGCCAUGCCAUACCCUGUGGACGGCGCUUGAUUGGAGCCAAUUUCCUCCUGACCCAAAGCACAGCUCCAAACUAUGCAAUAACUAUUUAGGGAAGAAGCAGUCAGCUGGUAUUCUGUCUAUAAUGGAGUGGCCAGCACAGUCACCGGAUCUCAACCCUAUUGAGCUGUUGUGGGAGCAGCUUGACCGUAUGGUACGUAAGAAGUGCCCAUCAAGCCAAUCCAACUUGUGGGAGGUGCUUCAGGAAGCAUGGGGGUGAAAUCUCUUUAGAUUACCUCAACAAAUUGACAACUAGAAUGCCAAAGGUCUGCAAGGCUGUAAAUGCUGCAAAUGGAGGAUUCAAUUAUUUCAAUUAAAAAUCAUUAUUUCUAACCUUGUCAAUGACUACAUUUCCUAUUCAUUUUGCUAUAUUUCCUAUUCAAACUCAUUUCAUGUAUGUUUUCAUGGAAAACAAGGACAUUUCUAAGUGACCCCAAACUUUUGAACGGUAGUGUAUGUGUUAUAAAUGACCAAAGGGGUCUGACUUUAAAUUAAGUACAGCGUCAUGCGAUAUAAAGUCUUUAUGGAUGUGUUAUGAAUGACUGAAUGUGUCUCACUUCAAACUAAGUAUUACAGGAUGCUGCAUAAAAGUGCCAAUAAAUAGGUUGUUAACGUUCUGCUGAUUUAUGAAGGUUCUCUCAUGAUCCACUGGUUACUGUAGGGUGUGAGAGGUAUUUCAAUGGGUUGAUGGACCUGCAAAGCGCAUGUGCGCGUGUGUGGUGUGUGUGUGUGUGUGUGUGUGUGUGUGUGUGUGCACGCCAAAGCCAAGAUGAUUUGGAGUAAUCCAACCUGAGAUUACCGCACCAGGUAUUCAAUCCUCUUCUGUUCCCAUGCUGGCGACCAGGGCUUGAUUACAACCUGUUACAAUGGUGCCAACAUUAUGUGGCUGAUCUUUCAGUGGGGGAGUGGGUGAUUUGUGUUAAAGACAGCACAUAUAAGCCUGGGAUAUCAACCAUUCCAAGUUGGCCUUAGUGGGAGUGACCAUAUAAUUCUAUAGGAGUGACCUUACUGAGGAAAGUAUUUGCUAAACCCUGCCCAUUUCCACAAUUUAUUUUCUUAAAAUUUGAUUUUAAACCUAACCCUAACUAAUGAAGGCCAAGUUUGAUGCUUAGGUUCACCAGACCUUCCGCGCAUUUGGGCGGAAGUGUCUGGGAACAAGAUUAUGUGUAAUGUGACUAACAUUUUGAGCAUUUGCCAUCAUUUAGAAGAACAUGUUUAUCAUAUUCGGCAUAGUGGGUUAUGUCACAUUUGACAUUGGUGAUUAUGUCACAGUUAUGAAGCAUGACAUACGGUUUUAGAUGCUUUGUUACACAUUUAUGUAGUGCUUACGAAGGCAUUAUAAAGGCUUUAUGAAGCCUUUAUAAGCUGAACGUCAUUUAAAGCGGGAUCAAACAUUCAACUGCUUGUCUUUUCAAAUAAAAUAUAUCUGAAUAAUUACUUCGAAUGUAUGUGAAAUUGAGAUAUUUGAAAUAGUAUCUGAACCCGGUCUGGAGGGGUCAACUGACCCAUCACGCCAACCAACAUGUCACCCUAGUAGUCUCGUCCCUUCUCAAGUUAAAGCGAAGUUAAUUCCCUUCACAAAUUUUAAAGGAAUGGAUUAGUAUAAACUAGGGCUGAAGGAGUGUCCACCAUAUCCCUCAACUCAGCUCCCCCUUUCCCACCCUCCUCCCCAGGUCCAGAGGAACUGCUGCCUGACGCUGUGUAACUUCAGCAUCCCUGAGGAGCUGGAGUUCCAUUACGGCCGGGUCAACCUGCUGCUGCUGAAGAUCCUGGAGCCGGCCCGGCAGGACGAGUCCAUCCAACGCAUCGCCGUGCACCUCUGCAACGCCCUGGUCUGCCAGGUGGACAACCACCACAAGGAAGCUGUUGGCAAGAUGGGCUUCGUCAAGGUAGGGAAGACUGAUAUAUCCAUAUACUUAUACACAGAUUCAUAGAUUCUCUCUCUCACACACAGUCCGCAGUAGGUCAUUGAUGCUUCGUGAAGUUGUCACGUAUGAUUUUCAUGCUCACAUUUUUUUUCUCAGACAAUGUUGAAUCUGAUCCAGAAAAAGCUACAGGACAGGAUGGUGAGUCUCAUUUGGAUUAUUUCUUGUGAAUCAAAAAUCUAAUUUUUGUACAUCCCUACCAUUCUACAAGUCUGAAAUGACCUCGCAGAACCUGUAAAACUGGAUUGAACCACACCACAUUUGGAUUGUGAUGAGUCAUAGCAACCGUUAAGGAAACAUUGCGUGUUAAGCCAAUUCAAGUAUAUUGUUUGGAAUGGCAUUGCCUGGCAGACUACCUAGAGGUCACUUUGGAUCAAAACAAAUGCAACCACAUUUUUUUGCUCUUUCUACAGUGUGACCAGGUGAUGGAGUUCUCCUGGAGUGCCCUGUGGAACAUCACUGACGAGACGCCAGACAACUGUCAGAUGUUCCUUAACUGCAAGGGCAUGAGCCUCUUCCUGGACUGCCUGAAGGUUAGCACACCUCAGGGAUUUGUUUAAAUCUACAGCAUAAACUCAAUCUCUCAUCUCUCUCUUUCUACACCUGAAGGGUUCUGUUCUGUCAGGGAAUACUAGGUUUUGCCCCUCAAACAGUAUUUUCCACUGAAGAUUCUCGGUCUCAUCAUCCUGUGUGUUGCUUUUGUCUAUCCUCUUUGUCCUCCACUGGCUCUCAGGAGUUUCCAGACAAGCAGGAGCUCCACCGUAACAUGCUGGGGCUGCUGGGUAAUGUGGCAGAAGUGAGGGCUCUGCGACCACAACUCCUCACCCCACAGUUCAUCUCUGUCUUCAGGUAAGAGAAGGUCCUCUGUCUAUAUUAAAUGGUUAAAUGCGGUCUUGUCUGACCUUGCUGCAAUCUUGGACCAGGGGCCGUAUUUAUCAAGCAUCUCAGAGUAGGAGUGCUGAUUUAGGAUCAGUUUUGCCUUUUGGAUCACAGUGAAUAAGAUUACAUGGACAGGGGGCACCUGAUCCUAGAUCAGCACUUCUAAUCUGAGACGCUUGAUGCAUACAGCCCCAGGUUCCACUUGCAAUAGAGAUUGCAAUACUAUGGACACUAACCUGGAUAUAUAAAGCUGGAUUCUGCUUUGCUACUGUGACUCUUCUCUGGUGACAGUAACCUGCUGGACAGCAAGGCGGAUGGGAUCGAGGUGUCCUAUAACGCGUGCGGGGUGCUGUCCCACAUCAUGUUUGAUGGGCCAGAGGCGUGGGCCAUGGAAGAGCCACUGAGGGACACGGUCAUGGACAAGAUGAUGGACGCUAUCCAGAGCUGGGACGUCACCUCCCGCCGGAAUAUCAACUACAGGUAAACAGAGAGCUCAAUAGAGAUGGGUCUCUUGAGACGCAGCGGCGGCCGCUGAAUGGCUGAAUAACCAAGGUGGUUGGAGUUGUCAACAAAGCAUGACAGAAAUGUGAUGCCAAGUUUUCGAGCUACCGGUAGUUUAUUUGGGAAGAUAUAUAAAGCGAUCUUUGUAUUUGAACAACAGCAUAAAUACACCUAUUUCACUUUUGCAUGUCAAAAACCGAAUGACCACUGCUGCACAUGCUGCCACAGUUUUGAACAGAUUAGAUUAUACUAUUUUACAACGAGCAGCCAGCUCACGAAAGAACGAAUGCACCAGGAUAGCUAGCUAACAUAAUGUCACAAAGCAUGAUGCGCUAGCCAGUUAACUUUCAUUCUGAAAUAACUUCAAAUUUCCGAGUUAGUCAGAUAUUAGUUUAGAAAGUCUAGCUAGCUGCUUAUCAAAGGUAGAUCGCUAACUGUUUAAUUUGACCAAUAAAUCAACCAAACUAUUUCUCAAUGUUUCUUUAGCUGGCUAAUUCAUUUGAUCAUGCUUUGUGAUAACCCGGUUUUCUGCUGUUUUAGUCCACACAACAUGUCGCCCUGUCACCUACAGUAGAACCUUAUAAAUAACAUCAGGGGGACACAAUAAAAUUGGCUAUGCUUUUUGUCAUACCAGGUUCUAGCUAGUGUAUCCCUCUGUCCUUGGACUCUUGUUGAUCGGUUUAUUUAUUUACAAGUUACUUACAAUUUGCUUUUUGCUUUAGCGUGAUCUGUACCUGAUAAAGCAGAUCUAGUCUCACGUGCGGAAGUAAGUCGUCUAGCGCAAGAGACUCAUUGGGAGGAAGAGACUAGCGCAGACUGAACGGACACACAUUUGAGCGCCCCCGGACAGUCCAUUUACUUUGUCCUGUAAUAAUUUCUGCUAUGAUAUCCUGCGAUUUCAUUGGAGCAGUUUCCCCUCAUAGCAAAUAGCUGGCAAAACAAUGGAAGCAAUGUUCGCAUGACCUAUGCGCCCACGGAGGCGGAGCUGGCAGUCACUGAGGGGCAGAGUAGUACAGUGCAUUCGGAAAGUAUUCAGACCACUUCACUUUUUCCACCCUUUGCUAUGAGACUCGAAAUUUAGUUCAGGUGCAUCCUGUUUCCAUUGAUCAUCCUUGAGAUGUUUCUACAACUUGAUUGAAGUCCACCUGUGGUAAAUGCAUUUGAUUGGACAUGAUUUGGAAAGGCACACACCUAUCUAUACAGUGCAUUCAAAAAGUAUUCAGACCCCUUGUUUCUCCCAUUCUUCUCUGCAGAUCCUUUCAAGCUCUGUCAGGUUGGAUGGGGAGCGUCACUGCACAGCUAUUUUCAGGUCUCUCCAGAGAUGUUUGACCGGGUUCAAGUCCGGGCUCUGGCUGGGCCACUCCAGGACAUUCAGAGACUUGUCCCGAAUCCACUCCUGCAUUGUCUUGGCUGUGUGCUUAGGGUAGUUGUCCUGUUGGAAGUUGAACCUUAGCCCCAGUCUGAGGCCCUGAGCUCUCCGGAGCAGCUUUUCAUUAAGGAUCUCUCUGUACUUUGCUCCGAUCAUCUUUCCCUCAAUCCUGACUAGUCUGCCAGUCCCUGCCGCUGAAAAACAUCCCCACAGCAUGAUGCUGCCACCACCAUGCUUCACCAUCCCCAGGUUUCCUCCAGACGUGACGCUUGGCAGUCAGGCCAAAGAGUUCAAUCUUGGUUUCAUCAGACCAGAGAAUCUUGAAUAUUUUUGAAAAAGAAAAAUGUACACGUUUACCACACUUAUGAACAUUUAAAACAUAAUCCAUUAAUUAUAGAAUAUGUACAGUGCCUUCCGAAAGUAUUCACACCCAUUGACCUUUUCCACAUUUUGUUGUGUUACAGCCUGAAUUUUUAAUGGAUUAAAUAUAGAUUUGUUGUCACUGGCCUACACACAAUACCACAUAAUGCCAAAGUGGAAUUAUGUUUUUAGAGAAUGUUACAAAUGAAUUACAAAUGAAAAGCUGAAAUGUCUUGAGUCACUAAGUAUUCAACCCCUUUGAUAUGGCAAGGCUAAAUAAGUUCAGGAGUAACAAUUUGCUUAAGAAGUCACAUAAUUAGCUGCAUGGACUCACUCUGUGUGCAAUAAUAAUGAACAUUAUUUUUGAAUGACUGCAUCAUCUCUGUACCCCACACAUACAGUGCAUUCGUAAAGUAUUCAGACACCUUGACUUUUUCCACAUUUUGUUACGUUACAGCCUUAUUCUAAAAUGGAUUAAAUAAAAUAUUUUCCUCAUCAAUCUACACAAAAUAUCCCAUAAUGACAAAGCGAAAACAGGUUUUUAGUUUUCUUUGUGGAAAGUUAUAAAAAAUAUAAAAACCCUUUGCUAUGAGACUCGAAAUUGAGCUCAGGUCAUCCUGUUUCCAUUGAUCAUCCUUGAGAAGUUUCUACAACUUGAUUGGAGUCCACCUGUGGUAAAUUCAAUUGAUUGGACAUGAUUUGGUAAGGCACACAACUGUCUAUCUAAGGUCCCACAGUUGACAGUGCAUGUCAGAGCAAAAACCAAGCCAUGAGGUCAAAGGAAUUGUCCGUAGAGACAGGAUUGUGUCAAGGCACAGAUCUGGGGAAGGGUACCAAAAAAUGUCUGCAGCAUUGAAGGUCCCCAAGAACACAGUGGCCUCCAUCAUUCUUAAAUGGAAGAAGUUUGGAACCACCAAGACUCUUCCUAGAGAUGGCCGCCCGGCCAAACUGAGCAAUCGGGGGAGAAGGGCCUUAGUCAGGGAGGUGACCAAGAACCCAAUGGUCACUCUGACAGAGCUCCAGAAUUCCUCUGUGGAGAUGGGAGAAUCUUCCAGAAGGACAACCAUCUCUGCAGUACUCCACCAAUCAGGCCUUUAUGGUAGAGUAGCCAGACGGAAGCCCCUCCUCAGUAAGGUCCCUCAGUCAAGCAGUGAAUUUCAAACACAGAUUAAACCACAAAGACCAGGGAGGUUUUCCAAUACCUUGCAAAGUAGGGCACCUACAGUAUUGGUAGAAGCAGACAUUCAAUAUCCCUUUGAGUAUGGUGAAUUUAUUAAUUACACUUUGGAUGGUGUAUCAAUACACCCAGUCACUACAAAGAUACAGGUGUCCUUCCUAACUCACUUGCCGGAAAGGAAGGAAACCUCUCAGGGAAUUCACAAUAAGUGAAAAAUGUUUCAAAAGCAAUUAACUUUUUGUCCUGAGUACAACGUGGCAAAUCCAAUACAACACAUUACUGAGUACCACUCUCCAUGUUUUUAAGCAUAGUGGUGGCUGCAUCAUGUUAUGGGUAUGCAUGUUAUCGUUAAGGACUGGGGAGUUUUUCAAGAUACAAAAUAAACAGAAUGGAGCUAAGCACAGGCAAAAUCCUAGAGGAAAACCUGGUUCAGUGUGCUUUCCACCAGACAUUGGGAGAUCAAUUCACCUUUCAGCAGGACAAUAAUCUAAAAGGCCAAAUCUAAACUGGAGUUGCUUACCAAGAGACCGUGAAUGUUCUUGACUGGCCGAGUUACAGUUUUGACUUAAAUCUGCUUGAAAAUCUAUGGCAAGACUUAAAAAUGGUUCUCUAGCAAUGAUCAACAAUCAAUUUGACAGAGCUUGAUCAUUUUGAAAAUAAUAAUGGCCAAAUGUUGCACAAUCCAGGUGUGGAAAGCUCUAAAGGCGUCCGCAUGCUUCCCAGCUUCGGUGAUUGGUCCACAGUUGGGAUUUUUCAGUAGUCUGUCAUUCAACGAGAGACGACUCGUUUUCAUGCAAAUGUUUUCAUUGAGAAAUACUGCACCAAACAUCUUAGUUAGAUAUCAAAUUGUGUGACAAAGAGCUCGGCAAAACGUUAACAUUUGACAGAUUUCUUGAGUUAUCUUAGAUUAAUUCUGACUAUUUUGAGGAAGUGUAUACUGGCUACAGCAUUUCAAAAUGGACAAACGGUACUAUUGCCGCAUUUUCUUGUUUUUCAAGCGAAUAUCUUUUAAGGAAGUACGCGAGCACACUCGUUCGGCUAGGCGCCAGCCGAACUGAAGCAUGCUGAUGCCUUUAGACUUACCCAGAAAGACUCACAGCUGUAAUCACUGCCAAAGGUGCUUCUACAAAGUGUUGACUCAGGGGUGUGAAUACUUAUGUCAAAUAUAUUUCUGUAUUUCAUUUUCUAUAAUUUUUCAAAAUGUAUAAAAACAUGUUUUCACUUUGUCAUUAUGGGGUAUUGUGUGUAGAUGGGUGAGGAACAAAUUAUAUUGAAUCAAUUUUGAUUUUAGGCUGUAACACAAGAAAAUUAGGAAUAAGUCAAGGGUAUGAAUACCUUCUGAAGGUACUGUAUGUAUUUUUAAUACAAUAACUUUUUUGAUCACAAGCUCAAUAAAAUGGCCGUAUAGGCAAGCCGGCGCUGUUAAGGUUACAAAUGUCACCCUGAUUCCAACUACAAGAUGUGUGAGUGCAUUUCACUUUUCUGAAUUAUUUUUCUGAAUUAACACUUACCUGGCUUUCUCCCUCCGUUUUUUCUGUUCAGAUCCUUUGAACCCAUCUUGCGCCUGCUGCCCCAGAGUAUCGCCACAGUCAGUCAGCACUGGGCCACGUGGGCGCUCUUCAACCUGGUGUCGGUCUACCGUGAGUAUUGAUACGAAGACGGAUCCCACUUCUGACACCGAGUAAGCAAGUUGCCAGGUAAACUUGCUUAUUGGUGUCAGCGGUGGGAUCAGUCUUUGCCUCACUGUAUCAAUUUGAGAGACCUCUGGCCUGGGGUCAGUUAUUUCUUAAUAUUGUUAUAUUAUUAAUAAGUGUGGAUUCACUUUUGGAGUAUUCAUUUUAAGAGAAUACAGCCCAGUGCCCACACUUUGUCACUCAUCAGGGAAAUAUGUCUGCUUUCGAGUAAAAUGUAUUUCUCACUUAUUUUCUUCCUCUCCUCAGCGAGUAAGUACUGCCCUCUGCUGAUAAAAGAAGGAGGGAUUGUUCUCCUGGAGAAGGUGCUGGAGCUCCAGACAUCACGUGAAGAGACCAAGGACAUGGCGCGGUAUGAGCUCACCUAUUAACCCAUCCAACCUUUUCAACUCCUCUUUACUGAGAUGUUGUUGAUAAAUUUAGGGUCUCUUACAUUGCAUUUACUUUCAUUUCAAGCAAUGAGUUGAAAUUUUGUUCAUAAUUUGAGGACUGCCAUAAUCGCCCCUAAUUUAUGUAUUGACUUGAAUUCUAAUGGAAUUGAGUCCAACCCUGGUGAAUGAAAUGAAAAUGCUGAAGCCUCCCUCUCUCUGUUUCAGGAAGGUGAUGGAGCAGUGUGAGAACUUCAAAGAAGACCCCAUGGAAACGACGAGGUAGACAAUGGCCAACAGAGGAUGACGUCAGGGGAGCAGCACCACUAGACGAACAAAAAGGCUAAACUUCAUAGGAAACCUUCUUCACUCUUCUCAUCACAAGGGUCAAUUGUGUGCAUCGAUUUACUGUAGAGCAGAGCAACUGUUCUUUGCCUCUCAGCCAGGCUUUCUGGACAGAACCUUGUUAUGCGACACUAUUAGGAAGUGAGAUGUGGUGCACAGCGUUGGUGUGUGUGUGCGUGCGCGUAUGUUAUUUGUGUUGCCAAUGAUAAGCAUCAUUUGUAUAAUGUAUUUGUUUUCUCUUAUUGGUUUGUUUUGCUUUUUGGUGUGCGUCCUCGUUUGGGUUUGUGUGUGUAAUGAGAGUGUGCAUGUGUGUGGGGAAGGACGUAUGUGCGUGUGUGUGUGUGUGUUAUAAUAAGGAUCAAAACACCAGGGAGAUGUUUGCCUCUGAAGAAUAGGAAACAAAACUGGUUCUUAUUGUAUUUUUCCCACCUUAGUCUGUUAUAUUGGGUCUAGUGAGAGGCCCUCCGUUGUAUAAGCUUAGUUUCCAACGUCGUCAAAAAGCUCCAUUACGCCCAUCAUGUUCGUUCUCAGAAUCCUCAGUUCUCUCAGCGAUUUCUGAUGCAGAAAUGUAAAAUGGAUGAUGCCAUGAGGUGUGGACGGUCGAUAGUUUUAUCCCAACAGCACUGAUCUGUGGACAGUUAUUAAGCAGUGAAGUUGCCAUGUCUGUGGAGGCCUCUCUAUCCCACACUGAUCGAGAGCGUAACCGUGGAGGAGUGUAGCCAUGACAAUGACCCCAGUAGAAGUCUUCCUAGAUCCUGUGACAUGGGGAAGGACUUUUUGUUUUUUGUUGCCAUCUGUCCCAUCUUUGUUUAUGUCUGUCUGUUUUUAUGAUAUAUGAUUAUAAACACUCCUAUGAUUUAGUCUGUAAAUCUAGGCUUGGUACCCCAUUCUUUACAUAUAUAACCCACAAAGAACCCGAAUGAUGAGAAACGAACCAGGAAGGACUAUACUGUUAGGGUUUUUGGAAUCUCAAGGAAAAUCUGAAGGUGGAUUUG